AUUCUGGGUUUAGGCGUUGAGCAGGAAACAGCCUUUCCUCUCGGAUUGUCGCAGUCGGAACAAACACACAUUUUUGUCUUUGCUCAAUGCACCCCUCAGCACAGAACACGCGGAAGCCGGUCAGAAGGAAAAAUGCCUCCUUCGAUAGAGAUAGCUGUUCUGCUCCUCGGCGUCCUGGCUUUGGAGACGCGCCGGAGUGCCAGCGCGCUGCACAUCCAACAGGCAUUCGCGUCUCCAAAUCACACCAAUAACUUCGUUGUGGACCCGGUUUCCAGAAAGGUCUACCUGGCCACCGUGAACACGGUCUACCAGCUGAACGGGACCUUGAACAUGGAGGUGGAGAGGAGAACCGGGCCGGUGGAGGACAACCUGUUGUGCCAUGCGCCACAGCUGCCCCAGGCUCCGUGUGAGCAUCUCAAAUCCCUCACUGAUAACUACAACAAGCUGCUGAAGCUGGACCGGGAGCAGGGGGUCGUGGUGGUGUGUGGAUCUGUGUACCAGGGCUUCUGUGAGCUCCGGAAAAUGGAGAAUAUUUCGGAGAUAGCGGUGGAGUUCCCACCCCAGGGCGAGAAGACUGUUUUCCCCAGCAUGCUCAACAUCGCGGCUAAUCACCCAAACGCGUCCACAGUGGGUCUCAUCUUCAAGAGCCACGGGGGAAACACCCGGCUACUAGUCGGGGCCACUUACACAGGGGCUGGCACCCAGUUUUUCCCCAAGAACCACAGCAAGGAGGACCUGCGCUUUGAAAACACCCCAGAGAUCGCUAUCCGCUCCUUAAACGUCAAGGAUUUAUCCCGACUUUUCACUUAUGACAUUAACCCGUCAGAGGAUAACGUUUUCAAGAUCAAACAGGAGGUUAAAACAAAAAACAAGCUGAACUUCGUGCACGCGUUCAUCCAGAAGACUUACUCCUACAUUGCCUUUAAUAAUGAUGCCAAAAUGGGCCACAAGGAGAGCCUGCCUAACAGCAUCCUCGCCAGGAUCUGUUUGGAUACCGAGAACCCCCGAAAACCCACCGGACCGGAGAGCAGGAAGCUCACAGAGUCCUACAUCCAGAUGCCCCUUCAGUGCGGAUUUAACGGGAACAUUUACAACCGGCUGCUGUCCGUUUACCCCGUAGAGAUCCAGGCUGAUAACGGGAGGAGCCCGGAGCCAUACCUGUUUGGAGUGUUCGCCAAGGCGGAUAGAAAGUCCGCUCUGUGCGCCUUCAAGUUUGGAGACAUCGAGGAAGAGAUCAGACAAGGCCGGAGGAACUGCUCCAACUCCCCCAGCAGCGACGUGCAGGUGCUGGACAGUGUCAUCCAGGGCUCCGGGGCCGCUUGCAUCCAGAAGGGAAACCUGGUGGUAAGGCUUUGUGGAUUCAUUUUGGCAUCUAACAUCACAUAUAUUACAUUUAAGAUAAGUUCAACUUAAUUUUAGUCUGGUUUUUUUUUCCUCUUGAGUGUGCAUAUUUAUCCAGCCACGUGGUCUCUAUCAUAAUUCAGCAUAGAAAUUGGGAUUAACCUAAUCUUGCAUUUGAGGUAGUUCAAUUUCUAGAAACUAGUUGCACUGUCUUGAGGAAGCAAAGGCAAUAACCACAUCCACAAAAAAGACAAAAUAAUGAACACAACUGACAGAACUUUCCAGUUAACUGAAACAAGAUUGAACACUAAUCUUUAAUUUAUGUUUAGCUUCCUUAUCUACACAUUUAAUAUGAAAUCCUUUGAUUCAAAUGAAGCCUUUAUUUCCCAGUUGGCCUAAUGAUGAUGCAAAUUUCUGUUUUUGACUAAUUAUUGUAUUCCCUACAUGCCCUAAUAUAUCAGGGAUCCAGAUUUAUAAGAGCUGAAGGCCUUCAUGGUUGUCCCAGCCCUUCAAAAUACGAUAAACACCCUCAUGACUGCUGUGUCUCUCUAUUUUUGCUUACAGCAUUUACUCUUUUGCCCCGAGGCUCAUGACUUAGAGAGAAGGGGGUCUCUCCCAUGUCACGAGUAGAGGUCAUGAUAGCUGGAAAGAUGCUGCGGAGCCUCGCUAGGGGUUAUGAGAAGGGUGAGACUCCUCUCACAUCCAGCAGCAGCUCCCUGUCUCCACAGAUAUGACGAGGAGGACGGGGUCAAUAGUUUACUGUGUCUUUCAUUAGAGUGUGUCGUUUGUUAUUGACAGUGUGCUGCGAACUAUAACUCCACCACGCUUUUACCACAAUGUUAAGCAGAAUAAAUAGCAUCUCUGUCAGAGAUACGUGCUUUCUACCCAUGUACACUAAGACUAAAUAUUUGCCCUUAAGGAAACUUCAUUACCGCACACUGUAUUUGUCACCUCUGCAGUGACAGUGUGUGUGGUAAUAAAGGCAGGGAAAGCGUUGCGCAAUUUCACAGGAAUCCAGAGAAAUUCCUACUUUUCAUUGCGCUGCUUUUGACUGACAGGGUGGGGGUCAAAGGAGGCUGUCCCGCGGCCGCUCUGCUGUCAGGUCAUCGAGUUGCCCUCCUCCCUGGCACUGUCUUGUCGUCUGUGGCCCUGGGGCCGCUCCUCCCGUGACUAGUUUUCUGAAUACUAUCUCAAUUGAUACAGACAACCGUUCGGCUCAAAGUGUUCCUCAGACUGUAACACAAUCUACUUACUACUCGCAGAAUAAAGUUAGUCUUUGUUAAGUUUUGCAUUUGUGUUGCCAUGGCUGCUGAAAUGUGAUCUUGUUUGUAGUCGACAGUCUGAAGGCCAGCACAGAGGGAAAGCCAGACACAAUUUAUGAUAAGAGAGAUGAGGCCGCAAGCAGAAGGGCCCGUGGGAACGACUCUACAAAUAUCCACUGUGCUUAAUUCGACUACUUUUUUUUCUCUUCGCCUGUGCUCGCUCUAAAAUAUGCAGAGAAUUCCCAAUAGGUCCUGGUGCUCAUCCAAGCGUGGCAAUAAUGUUUUAUCAUUGCCCACCGAGGUUUUGACAAAAGCAGAGCCUUAUGAGUGUUGAAGACCCUUGUAAGCCUUUUUCAAGCGCUCUCUGAGUUGUCUAAAAAGUGAUUUGGAAGAAUGAGCAGCAUCGUUGUGAUAGCUGCUAUCAGCUCUUGUUUUCUGACUUCACUUUCAUCACACAGGGCUCUCUGUUCUCUCCAGUCCUCUAAUCACUACGUACUGCUUCCAUAUGAGGGCUGGUGAUGAGCAUUGAUCUCCCUCCUUGUUCUGUCUUGUGUUCUAGCUGCAGCCCGAACAGCUGGACUGCGGAGCGGCCCACCUACAGCACCCUCUGGCUCUACGGAGGUCCCUGAGGGCCCUUCCCCUUGUUGAAUACUCGGGUCUGAGUUCAGUCGCUGUGGACUAUGUGCACAACCACAUAGUUGUCUUCCUGGGAACCAGUAAUGGACGACUUCGAAAGGUGAGACACAUAAGAAAGUCUUCAAACACACACAUUUCACACUCAACCAACAUAAACUCAGCAGGGGUGUGUCUACAGGGUGGCUCUUUGAAAUCUGAUAGGCCACCCGGUGUCCUGAAGUGUCUCUUUUUGAUCAGAGGUGGGACGCCAUUCAAAGCUUAGACUCUAAAAAAUAUGAGACUCAAUGGCUUCUGAAGCGCAAUCACAAUUAUCACACUGUCACAACGAACUCCCUGCCAAUGUAGAAACAAGCAAAGUGGGGAAGUUGAGGCAAGCCCCUGAACACCUACCAUGUACGGAGUGUGAGGUUUGUUAACAAGUACCAGUUCUAGCCAAUUCAAACCAUCCACCCAUCCAUUUUCUACCGGUUAUUCCCGUUCCCAGGGUCGCUGGGGGGCUGGAGCCUAUCCCAGCAUCUUCGGGCGAAGGCAGGGGACACCCUGGACAAGUCGCCAGUUCAUCGCAGAGCUGACAUAAAGAGACGAACAACCAUCCACACUCAUAUUCACAUCUAUGGGCAAUUUGAAAUUUGCCAAUUAACCUAACCUCACUUAGGCAUGUUUUUGGGAUAUGGGAGGAAACCGGAGUACCCAGAGUAAACCCACGCAGACACAGAGAGAACAUGCAAAUUCCACACAGAAAUGCCCUGAGCCAGAUUCGAACCCAGGACCUUCUUGCUGUGAGGUGACAGUGCAAACCACUACACCACUGUGCUGCCCUCCAAUUCAAACCAUUAACAUCAUUUACCUUUAUGGUUAACGAUAUCCUAAAUUCACUGUGCCUUGCAAAACAGUUAGAACAGCAACCAAGGAGUGGAGGAAGUAAUCAUGGCAAAUAGAGUACAGGAGCCAUCCAAACAACUGCUAUAUUAAGUAAUUUUUUAAUAUGUUAUAGCAGAACAAUACGAUGUACCAUCUUACGGUAAAAUCCACUCCCUUCAUGAGACCAGGAGCCCUUUCCGAUAAACUCUUGAUGGGACCGCCAGUACCGUAAACAAAAUUAGUGUAUUUCCAGAGACUGUCUGCAUCCACUUCCCCAAAAAUUGAAAAUAAUCUGUGAUGAUUCAUGUGUACAUUUCUGUGAAAUAUUGCCAUUUGUGUUGUUACCUUGCGACUAAUCAGAGGCUGCAUCUGUGAUCAGCCAACCUGAAAAAGGUCCAAUCAGAAGCCAGACUUCCCCGUCUCAGCAGGGCCGUGACGGUAAUAAAACUCGUAAUAAGAUUUGUGUUACUGACAAAGAAAACCUGUUCAGGCCUCCUUUAUUCCACAGGAAGUGAUUUGAGAAUCAAUGAGGAGUUAGAUCGAUAAUCAAAAUUAAUGAUGGCACUGGUAGCAAUAAAACCUAAUCAAUUCUCACCUCUAAUGAGGAACUUGUUGAUAGCGAGUGUAUAUCACACCCAAGAGUUGCUGGUCUGCUCGGUCCCCUUUGUCGAAAAAGCUGUUUCAGAACUGGAACAAGAGCUGAGCAGACAGUCAGCUCCACCGAGUAAUUUAGUCAAUUUAAAGAAACUCCAAGCUACAUACUGAUGUCUGAGUGAGGGUGCAUUCUGCUCGGAAGUUUUUCAGCGCUUUACUUUGCCGCCCUUUUCUUUCACCUGCUGCCUUCACCUGCUCAGCUAAUUGAGUCCAUGAGAUACGAGUCACUAAAUGGGAAAGCAGAACAUCUUAUUUCUUUGCGUUUUUUUCCCUAAAAUUCCUCCUGUAGUCCUUUUACAGUCAAACCAUGACUCACUGUGAAUUUAAAAAGUCGCUUCUGGUUUGCUAUGAAUCCCUUUUUUCUUAAAUCAACGUGUUGGCAGCGACAACAUGCAUUAAAAUAACUCUAUAGACAUGAUCACUGUUCAUGCUGAUGGUCUCUAAGCUUUUGUAGGUCAUAGUCAGACGCCAGUAUUAAUAUCAGCCUGUUUCAUAACCGGCUAUAAACUCCUCACAGUUCAUUUAAAGUGAGUAGGAAUAGUCUAGACAGAAACGGUGAGUUGAUAAUUCUCAGACAUGUGUGCACAUCUACUUAACGCCAUACGUAAGGGCCCCAGUUUGGCCACCCCUGAACCACAGGUGUGGCAGAUAAUAAGCAGCGCUGAAUAGGGUUAAUAUUCCACAGUGUGAUGGAGCCCUUAGGCGUGGAAAAACUAUAACAGGAACAGUUACGUCGUUCGGCUCUGAUGUGGCUGUUGGGUCUCUCCAUAAAUACAACUCAGGUGUGUGAUGAAACAGAGUCUGGGCGAAGCAAACAGGAAUGUGUGCUUUCAUCCGGUGGGUUCCCAGCAUUGUCACCCCCUCGAACCGCCUCGUUUAUCAAUGACCCAUCACGGCCCAUUAAUCCGUCCUAAUCAUGUGCUCUAAUGUUCCUCAGACCUGCUUACUGCCUGACUGAUCACCAGAGAGCUGUUUUAACCACACCGGUUGACGACACAUGACUCAGUCCUGCCGUGUGUUGUGUUGUGUGUUCUUUGACAUCUGCAGACGGUCCGGCUCGUGAAAACCUUUCCCGUCCAAUUAAGAGCAUUCCUUAAUUCUGGCUCAGCAUCAUUCCCAGUCACCCCUGACUGAGCUCGCCGAGCAGCAGCUUCGCCUGCGAGCGCCGCAAGCUGCUCCUCAGCUGUGUGCAGAAACAACAAAAACUGACUCAGGGAGUGUUUUUUAACUCUGUUGUUUGGUACCUCUCACUACAUUAAAGCCAUCCUGCUGGAGGUGUGUUACCUUUGGGCCCCUCUCCUUGUGUAGACCUUGUUUUAGCCCCCUGCUGAGCACGCAGUAAUGGUUAUUUGGAUAGCGGGGGCAAAACAUUGGUUUGGAUGGUGUAAGCAGCUGUGUACAUGAGUGUGUUUGUGUAAGUCUGUGCGAGUGAUUGCAGGUUUCACUGUGUUUUUAGGUGUUUGACUUUGUCUGUGGGCCCAGUGAGAGUGGUUUGGUGAUUUCAUGUGUUUACCCAGAUGAACCCCGUGAUUAUGUGCUAUAUGUGUGCGUCCUCUCAGUCUGUGUGUCAACCUUGUUAUAUAUAGGGCGAAUGGCUUUUCUGUGACCUUGCAACUUAGUUUGUGCUUUUCAGCUUUUUGUUUCUUUUAUUAUUUGUGUGUGUGUGUGUGUGUGUCUACGUGUGUGUUCAUGCGUCUGUGUGUGUGUGUGCCCCGAGGAUAGAGCUGUUACAGAGGUUAAUGGUGCUGUUAGUGUGUGUAAUGUGAUUCUGACUGUGAGUUUGGCUCCGACUAAACACAGGGGAACAGUGGUUGAGAUUAAGUUAGGCCUCUUUUACCGUCUUGGAGAGAGCCCUCAGUGAAGUAAUUUGUAAUUACAUGCAUUUUUUAAUGAAGUCUCUCCCUCCCCAUUACAGCUGACUUCCAUUUUCUGCUCCCUCUCACAGUGUCCGCGCUUUAUCUCACUCACUCUCGUCCAAUUUUUACUCCCUCAGUCUGUCCACUCCUCCACUUCUCAGUUCAUCGCUUCAUUGUCUCCCCUUUCUGUCGCUCUCCAUCUCGGGCCAUAAAAGCCCCUUUGAUUCAUUUGGCAAACAAACAGACUUUAUCUCUUUCCUCCUCACUUUAUUCUACCUCUCCUGCCCCACCUCUGUCUGUCUGUCUUUAUUCUCCCUCUCUCUCACAGCCAGGUACACGUCCGCACAAACACACACUCACGCAUACAGAGAGAGCUCGCCGAGCAGCAGCUUUGCCUCGGUGGCUGAAUAGCUGCUCCUCAGCUGUGUGCAGAAACAACAAAAACUGACUCAGGGAGUGUUUUGUUAACUCUGGUGGUGCAGCUCUCCUUAUUUCUCCUCCCAUUCUGCUCCCCGUCCAGGUGUGUGGGCUGCUGUUUACUUGCUCUUCACUGUCACUCCGUGCGUGAGUGUGUGUGUUUGUAGUCACUUGGUUGGGGGGUGAAAACAUAGCACAGCUGCUUACUAUCUCCAAGGAAUAACAUCCAAUGUGUGUAGAUGGGUGGGUGGUGUUAUAAAAACAGCAGUGAUAUUUGUAGGUCGAGAUAAUGCCUCUCAUCCCAGGUUAAGCCAAUGGUUUACCAAGCUUCUGUCUGCUCUGGUUCAACAUUAACCAGCCCGUCUCAGUGGGUGGCUCAACUUCGGUCGUGUGUGUGUGUGUAUAUAUAAGUGAAAGAAAGGAUGUUUGUGUGUUCAGAGGAUAGAGAAGUGACACAGCCCCUUCUUGUGACCAGAUGCCGGUCACUUGGCCAGUUCCUCAUGAUGGCAGGAUGUCUCAAUUGAAAGGACGCUGGGCUGAAUCGCAGAAAUGAGAGCUUUUGCUGUCUGCGUGACAGGAAGUCUCACUUGACACAGCUUGUUUUUCAAUGUGCUCAGUGAAUGUGUGUGUUUGUUCAAGAACAUAUCGCCUUAUUAUCUAAAGCCGCAGGAAGCGAAAGUGUGUAGAUAAAUGGUUGCUUAGAAAAAGUAAGAUUAGUGAUAUAAUUUGAAUAAAAACUCACAAAUUCAUGAUUCAGGGUGACACGAAACUUUUUUUAAAGGGUAAAAUGUGAUUUUCGGAUGAAUAUAUAUUCAACUAAACCUGGCAGUUUAUUUUGGUGCAAGCAUACAGUCAUUCAUUUCAAUAAGAAGGAAGGAUUCUGCUGCUGUCUUGAGUCAGGUUCAGAGGGAGUAAAGUUUCCAUUUUUAAGAAUAUAUUUAUCUUUCUGAAACACCUUACUGCUCGGUUGAAGUCGCCUCCAAGUUCCAGCAGUGAUCAUGAUGUGGAUUGCUGGCGCGAGACCGCUGCCAAAUAAGGGUGGAGGAAGUGAAUAAAAAAGCUGCUCCUUCUGAGGUGUUGCAGAGUGAGACGCCUGGCCCUGAAUAUGCACCAACUCAGCUGCCUGAUCAACAGAGAAAACCCUAUUUUUUAAUGAGAAAUUUCUCUAUUGGAAGAGCUCUUUUGUAUGAACGUGUGUGAAAAUUUUAUAGCAACCUUGAGAGAAUAUUGAUUGCACCGUUCUGCACCUGAUCCAACCUGUUUUCUUUCUGAUAUCCCCUUCACAGCUGACCUUCCUAGAGAACAUGACCUUGGCCAAUCAGUGGAUGCUGAAGCUGCCAGCCAGUGAGGCUGUCCACCACAUCAUGACCUUCGACCCCAACGACAGAAACUUCCUCUAUCUCAUGACCUCUCAUCAUGUAAGAAUGUGGCCCCGCUCUGAAAAUGUCUGUUUACUCUGUCACUGAUUUAUUCAUCCACCAUCAUCAAUCAGACCUCAUUUCACAUCCAGUGAGUCAGUCCUUACCUGAGUUUUAGCAGAACACUCACAUAUUUGUGGUCGUGUGUGCAGACCUUCAAAUGGUUUCAGAGCCACAUUUUAACACCAAAGUGCUUCGCUGCAGUCGAGCUUAUGACAGGAUGUGGUUAAGUCUCCAGCAGCUCUGAUGUGCACUGCAAAAUGCACCUUAUUGUCUGCUGUGAUUCUUAUUCGACACCUACACUCACCGGCCACUUUAUUAGGUACACCAUGCUAGUAACGGGUUGGACCCCCUUUUGCCUUCAGAACUGCCUCAAUUCUUCGUGGCAUAGAUUCAACAAGGUGCUGGAAGCAUUCCUCAGAGAGCUUGGUCCAUAUUGACAUGAUGGCAUCACACAGUUGCUGCAGAUUUGUCGGCUGCACAUCCAUGAUGCGAAUCUCCCGUUCCACCACUUCCCAAAGAUGCUCUAUUGGAUUGAGAUCUGGUGACUGUGGAGGCCAUUUGAGUACAGUGAACUCAUUGUCAUGUUCAAGAAACCAGUCUGAGAUGAUUCCAGCUUUAUGACAUGGCGCAUUAUCCUGCUGAAAGUCGCCAUCAGAAGUUGGGUACAUUGUGGUCAUAAAGGGAUGGACAUGGUCAGCAACAAUACUCAGGUAGGCUGUGGCGUUGCAACGAUGCUCAAUUGGUACCAAGGGGCCCAAAGAGUGCCAAGAAAAUAUUCCCCACACCAUGACACCACCACCACCAGCCUGAACCGUUGAUACAAGGCAGGAUGGAUCCAUGCUUUCAUGUUGUUGACGCCAAAUUCUGACCCUACCAUCCGAAUGUCGCAGCAGAAAUCGAGACUCAUCAGACCAGGCAAUGUUUUUCCAAUCUUCUAUUGUCCAAUUUCGAUGAGCUUGUGCAAAUUGUAGCCUCAGUUUCCUGUUCUUAGCUGAAAGGAGUGGCACCCGGCGUGGUCUUCUGCUGCUGUAGCCCAUCUGCCUCAAAGUUCGACGUACUGUGCGUUCAGAGAUGCUCUUCUGCCUACCUUGGUUGUAACGGGUGGUUAUUUGAGUCACUGUUGCCUUUCUAUCAGCUCGAACCAGUCUGGCCAUUCUCCUCUGACCUCUGGCAUCAACAAGGCAUUUCCGCCCACAGAACUGCCGCUCACUGGAUAUUUUUUCUUUUUCGGACCAUUCUCUGUAAACCCUAGAGAUGGUUGUGCGUGAAAAUCCCAGUAGAUCAGCAGUUUCUGAAAUACUCAGACCAGCCCUUCUGGCACCAACAACCAUGCCACGUUCAAAGUCACUCAAAUCACCUUUCUUCCCCAUACUGAUGCUCGGUUUGAACUGCAGGAGAUUGUCUUGACCAUGUCUACAUGCCUAAAUGCACUAGGUUGCCGCCAUGUGAUUGGCUGAUUAGAAAUUAAGUGUUAACGAGCAGUUGGACAGGUAUACCUAAUAAAGUGGCCGGUGAGUGUAUAAGCACUAUACAAACACAGGAAUUGUUUGUAAUACUAUGUUGUAGUGGCAGAUGAAGGUGUAUUGUGUAAAAGUACAGAUAUCCAGAAACAGUACAGAUAAAAAUCAGCUUUAUAUUUUUAGUAUCAGAUAUUUUCUGUGAUCAGAUGUUAAGAAUAUUUUCUGAUUCUGAUGCUCUAAAAGUGAAAACAGGUAUAUGAUGCUGAUUUUGUCUCUCUUUCUGACUUAACGUCUGCUGUGAUUCUUAUCCGACACCUAUAAGCACUAUACAAACACAGGAAUUGUUUGUUAUACUAUGUUGCAGUGGCAGAUGAAGGCGUAUUGCGCAAAACUACAGAUAUCCAGAUACGGUAAAGAUAAAAGUCAGCUUUAUAUAUAGUAUCCGACAUUUUCUGUGCUCAGGUGUUGAGAAUAUUUUCUGAUUCUGAAGCUCUGAAAGUGAAAACAGGUAGUUGAUGCUGAUUUUGUCACUCUCUCUGGCUGCAUCAUGCAUCCUGCGUGACCGCGAGCGGUACCCGACUCACGUAAUUGUAGUCAACUCAUUUGCACCUGACAUGCCUGGACUUGACUUAAAAGCUCAACCGCAGCUUUUGAAUCUCCUGUCGCACAUUUGCAUUUGAUUUACAUUACAAGUCUUCUUCUUACCAGUUUGCAUCCUCGGUGUUGCAUUACUGUCACCUUCAUUUUUUAACCUCUCAGAAUCAUUCAGUUAGAUUUAUAUUUUCAGAAAAAAAUCAAAAAAUCAUCUCAUCAUUUUAUUUCUCCCAACAAAGAUUUUAAGUUGAAAUGCAGCAGAGUAAAAGCAGAAGCUGACAGACACAUAAAAACUCCAGUAAAGUCCAGAUACUUCCAUAAAAUGCUUAAAGGCAUUUUUAAUGUUUCUUUUAGUGUGGCAGUAAGAGGUAAAUGUCAGUUUUGCUGAGAAAGCAGCACUGAAACAGAAGCCAGGCUGUCAAUCCCUGCAGAUGGGGUUAACUCUAAAACAUAACAAAGCUCAUUUAAAGAAACUCCAACACAAAUACAGAUGUCAGUUUGAGUGAAUGCUCUAUUUAGACAUUUUUCAGUGUUUUACUUUGCUGUCAGAAAGCUACUUUGUUUUGGCUUAGCAGACUGAGUUUCCCACGUAUGGAGGAUAUCGUCUUGUUUGACUAUUCAAUCAAUCAAAUGUAUAUGGAAAAAUAUUUCACGCAAUCAAAUAUUGCUAAAAGGGAUUUGGAUUUCUGUAUAGCAAUGUGAACUUGUUCAGAGAAAAAUACAUAAGAUAGAUAUUUAAAUGAUAAAAAGGAGGUCACUUACAGAUUAAAGGUCCUUACACACCAGGAACAACGCAAAUAUACGACGCGAAAUUACGAAACAUUCAGAGGUGAAUUUUGACGCGCCUGACUUUACAUAUCAAGCGCAAUGCCAUUUUGCAACUUUCCGUGGGGAAAAAAGAUGCAUCCUGGGUGGAAGAGAGAAGACUGACACAACACCAGACUGACUGUUUUUCAGUUCUGAUUAGACACUAGUGUUGAGAUGGCUGUCUGUAAUGAUGUACUGAGUCGGGGCCAGUACCAGAUAAGCACAUUAAACUAUAAUCCAUAAACGUAAGGUAACAACCGAGACCUAAUGGUGCUGUGACAGAAACGCGAUUGAGUUAGAGACAGUGAAAAAACAUAUGGUAUGUUGUAUCUGAACAGGUUAGCUUACAAGCUAAAGUUACUUAGCACAGAUGAAAGUUAAAACAAAGACGUUUAUCAAACUGUUAAAGCACACAAACCAUCGUCAUAUGAGAAAUCCGACGCUAUGACUCUCCACAAAUCGUCCUUCAGGUUGUUAUCUUUGUUAUGUUUGUGUUUUUUAUCAAAAAGCACUCUGUUCUCAAACACGCAAACAAUUAGCCAGUCGGCCAUGUUGGAUAUACCGGUGAAUCUGACGACGCAACAACAUGAAAUCUGAUCGGUCAGAAGUGGACACACAGUAUGCGAAAGUUUUGAAAAAUCAACCUUGAAACGAAAAAAUAAAUGCCCCAAUAUCACAGGACGGGAAAAUGUCGCUGAUGUGAACGCUUGUAUUGACAGGAUAUGGGUUCGAAAAAAAAUAUUGACGUCCGAAGUAAUCGCACAAAAGGACCUUAAUACUCUGUGCAUGUUAAAAUCUAAUACACAUGAUUGUAUCAGCAUGUAACAUGUUUGAGAUGAAUUUUUAAUGAGUCCUCAGAGAGACACAGAUGUUGGGUUAUCCUAUAGAUUGCUUAACAUGUCUUAUAUUGCUGACAGUAAUAACUAUUACAACGGAAUAUAAUAAUAAAACACUAAUCUGACUGCUUUAGAAUUGCUUUGCUUGUAAAAGGUGUUUGGAAAGAUACAUUAUCAUGGUGAUUGACUGAUUAAUUAGCCAACCAAAUACUCAGUCUAUCUCUACCUAUCAGAUCUAUGUGUGAUUGACACUGUAAAAGUAUGUACCUUCAACCACCAGCUUCCAAUUUGAGGUUAAGUAUUCUGUUUGUUGCUAACAGGUCCAGGUUUUUGCUACUUACCUGCUGCAACCGGAUCCGUAUUUGAAAUGCUGGUCAGCAGCCACUGAACACGUGCAAGGUGAUGAAAACAGAUGUCAUCCCCUCAGAGUAUAACCUGCUAGGGAAAAAAAAGAGAACAAUGCACUGACUAAAAUAGACACAUAUUGAUAGUACAAUGUCACUUUAGGUCUUAUGUUUCUAAAGUGACAUUGUAGUGCUUUGACAGCCAUGUACUCUGUUUAUGCUGCUCAUAAAUGCCGAAGAUAAGGCGUCAGAUUGAAGUGUUGCACACUUAUUUACAAGUCUGCAACCCGACUGACCGUACACAAACUGUGAAAAUAUUAUCUUUGUUGACUGUAAAAUUUAUUUUACUGUUAAAACUUUGCCUGCCAAUUUUUGUCAUAAAAACAAAAUAAUACAACUUUCAAUUAUACACAGAGAAAAAAAGUAUUUUAUUGUCACUUUUAGGAGCUGAAACUAAAAGAAAAUAGGGAAAAAUGACAGUUUUAAGAUUGCACAGAUUUUUACACUUUAGUUCUCCUCAAAAUCAAAUUUCUUUUUUACCGUUUCAGAUUUUUGUACUUGUGUGAAUGUUUUCUGUUUGUGUCUCGGUUUUCAGAUGCUCAGGGUGAAGGUGGCAGAGUGUGACCAGUGGAGGAGCUGUGGUAGCUGUUUGGGAGCAGGUGACGCCCACUGUGGCUGGUGUACCCUUGAGAACCGGUGAGAGACACACACGCACGCACACAGAUGUGAACACACUGUCUAAUUAAUUGGUAUUCUGUCUAUUGGUUUUCCAUCUUUCAAGUUAAUUGUCCUCCUCAGACUUCCUCCUCCUCCUCUGUUGCUGGUAAAAAUAAUUCAAUUUAAACAAACUAUUAGCUGCUUUGGUGUCAGGCACAUGCAACAUGUUUUUUUGACGUGAUCUGUUGACAUAAUGCGGGAUUGUCUUCCGCCUGUCUUUCAGCAUCGAUCCAGCCGAAGCUGUUUAUUUGAAUGAUUGAUAGAAAUUAAUGCUCAUUUUGAAGCUUUGAGAGAAAAGAUUGAUGGCUUAACAAAAUGAUUCGAGCUUGUCGUUUUAAGCCUUUCAAUCGAUAAAAACCGCUGAGACUCAUGCUCUGGUUUUCAUCAUCCUCUUUCUCGAUUUCAAAACAUCUCUCGGCUGGAUGAGUCUUGGCAGGAACAGAGUGAGUUUUUUGGGCUUGGAGGCUGCUGUUGGAUCGAGUGAGAGUUGAUUUGCUUUUCAUUAAGGCCUCUGAUCGGGGAGCUACAUCAUUGUUCGGAGAAGUCCCCUGCCUCUCUGGGAUGGUUUUAGGAGGGGGGUAACAGGCCAGGAGCACCCGGCAGAGGACUGACUUGGCUGAAGUGAUAGUGAAAGCAAGAGAGCGAGGAUGCUCUGUGAUUAAUGUGGCUCUGUCAGGACCGGCUCUCUGGCUCUGUGUUCACUGGCUUUUGGGCAGAAUAUGUGUGGUGUCGAGUCGUGUUUGUUUGUGUGUGUGUGUCAGUUGGUCGGUUGCUUGGUGAUUAAAACAGAUCUGACGAGAUAGUGAAUUUUGUGAUGGGUUGAGCUGCAGCUCUGGAGGCUCUGGCAUUGCCAGGGGCCAUUCAGAGCUGGAAGAGUGGAACUGAUGAGACUUGUGUGUAUUUGUGUGCGUCUGUGUGUGUGUGUAUGUGUGGUCAGACUGUCUCGCUGUCAUCUCCCUGUCUCUUCUACUUAUUUAUCUAUCUGUCGUCUCUUUAUCCCAGUCCCUUUCUCGCCUCACUGCAUUAUUUUUACCCUCGUGAUUCUCGCUCUGUCUUCAUUUUUCCCCUCCUUUCUUGCCCUCUUAUUUUCCAGUAGCUUUGAGAAUUUAGCUCUCCCUCUCUGUCUACUACUAGUCUUCAUCUCCUCCUCCUCCUCCCCCAUGUGCCCUUGUCCUCCUCUCUCUCCCUCUACAAAGGAGCGUUGAUUGUGAUGAUGGUGGUGGGAGGGAGAGUGCACACUGGUUCUUUUGACAGGGAAAUGUCAAAGUGUGUAAGCCUGUGUGUUAGUGUCAGCAUGAGUGUGUGUCGCUGUCUGGCUCUCGGAGGCCAGGGAGCUGAUGUCAUGAGUGUGUGCGUGUCUGUGUGUGUGUGUGUUUGAUGCACUGUUUGGCCAGUCAUGCCAGCCGCUGGGCAGGCGCUGUGGCCUCAGAGCCCCGGGGAUCAGGGAGGGUUGAUGUGUGGGGGUGGAUGGUCUUCUCCAUCACCACGCUGUCUUAUACAACUACAGAGGAGAGAAAUAAAGGACCACUAGAAGACUAUCUUAACAAUCUGUGGGGCCACCACUGUCUCAGUGGGCGUCUGUUUGAUUUUAUGCAUGGAUCUGACACCCCCCCAAUAUGUCUGCAUGUAAAGAAAGCACUAACACACGUCUGUUGGCUCAUUGUUGUCUGAAAUAAAAAGAGCUGGUUCCUCUGGCGGAGAUAAAGCCCAGUCCUUGAUCACUCUUUUCAAGCUGUAGCCCAUUUCAUCUCCCUCAUGUCACAAGAAGGCACUUAAAUAUCUUUAUUCGAAUCAAAUUAUGCGUCAUGUGCAGUCUCUGGUAUUCACAAAUUAUCAUGCUGAUCUGCAUGUGCGUGUCUGACCAGGACUGUGCGUGUUGGUGUGUGUUUGAAGCUCAUAUGUUCUCCUGCUGUUUAACAGUCUCACUGCUUUGCCACCUUAUCUGACACUCAGACACUUAGGAGGAGAUGAGUUUUCUCGGGGCAUAUUUUAGCUGCAUAUGUUGACUCUGGUUAUUUUCAGGAACUGUUUGAAACAUUUAAAAGUCGGUGUGCUGUCGAGAGGCAGGUGCUGCACUCGCUAAUGUUGUUUCAAUUAACAGGAAAACCAGGAGAGAGGUGAAGAAAUGUGAGCCAUAGACCUGUGCUGUUGGAUAUUUGUUAUCUUUGUAAGAAACUCACCAGAUGGCUGCUUUAGUAUACACAGAUACAAUUUAUUAUUUUCUUAUAUAAACUAUUAAAAUGGACAAACUUUAAACUAGGGCUGGGCGAUAUAGCCUAAAAAUCAAUAUCACGAUAUAUUGAGCAGUUUACCUCGAUAACGAUAAAUGGAUGAUAACUACUUCAUAAGCUGCUCACCCCCUCCCACAUUAAUUUUGUCUACUUCAGCCGCCGCUCCAGCCACUACAACUUUUAAACCGUCCUCCAUCUCCUCACCUGUCUUUCCCUCUUUGUUAUGGACUGAAUGGGGAGGAGUCACGUCUCUGAUGUAGGACAGCAUCUUAAAGGGACAUGAGACCAUAGCCUACCUACACACAUCCAAAAUUAACUUUUAUUUAUUUAUUCAUUUUUUUGACACUGAAUAAACUGAUACAAGCAAAAUGACGUUGGUUAUUGUUGUAAACUUCGGUAUCUGUAAAUUUUCGGUUUAUCGCCAGGUCCUACUUUAAACCACCAGGUGAAUUUGAAAUAAAACGUAGACAGCCAAUUCAGCACUAAGUUGUCCAUAUUCUACCACCAGGAGUUAGCAUUUUAAGUGUGAGGUAUCUUCAGUCAGGUUUUUCUCUGUUUUUCUGCUUAUUUCAGCCUGAUAAAGUAGUAUAAAAGUUAAGAAGUUUGGCAGGUUUAGAAAAGACAAAAAGGGAGUCUACAGCUAAGCUAACAUUUAAACAAAGCUAAUUAGUGCUAAUAUACUGUUUCUAACUGAUGUUUACAACCUUGACUUCUCUGGAGACCUUGUAUGUGUGUUGUAAGUAGGGUGACCAUAUUUUGAUCACCGAAAACCAGGACUUGGCCCAGCAAUGCGAUAUUGGUAACACUUUACUUGACGCCUAUCUCUAUAAUGCAUUAUAAAUAUAUGUAUCAUGUGUUAUAAUCACGUUAUAGCACUGUAUAACUAUAGUUAUAAACACUCAUAAAUGAUCAUAAUGCUUUAAAGCAAUAAUCAUAACACAUUAUAGAGCAUUCUAUCAUGACUUACAAGGUCAGGUCUUAUAAUGUCUUAUAACUGUUAAAAACUGUUAUAACUUAUUCCUUUUAAACUUGUAUAAUUAUCAUUAUAAACACUUAUUAAUUAUCAUAAGGCUUUAUAACAAUAAUCAUAAAAUAUUAUAAUACCUGACCUUGUAAGACAUGAUAAAAUGCUCUAUAAUGUGUUAUGAUUAUUGCUAUAAAGCAUUAUGAUCAGUUAUGAGUGUUUAAAACUAUAGUUAUACAGCACUAUAAUGUGAUUAUAAAGUGUUAUACUUAUAUUUAUAAUGUGUUAUAGAGAUAGAUGUCAAGCAAAGUGUUACCAGGAUAUUAUAUAUCUUUAGUUUUCUUCUUCCUCCUAGUGGCCCAAUGAAAAAAGAACAUUAGGACAUUUUCAACACUUUAUAAAAAAACAAUCAGGACAGGAUGUAAAAACAGAACAUGUCCUGGGAAAACAGGACGUUUGAUCACCCUCGUUGUAAGUCUGUUCGUUGUUUUAAGGGUUGCUACUUAUCUUUUCAAAAACAUUUUGGGGAAUUUGAGCUUGCUCUUGAUAGCAGAGCUGAGAAGAGACAGGAAAUGUUGAGGAGAAGAGAGUGGGAGGCUAACACGCUGCACGUCAAACCAGCGGGCGCUGUGACAAGGACUUUGGCCUCUGUAUAUAGAGCAUGUGCUUUGACCGCUGCGUUAAACCGGCGGAAGUUCAAUCUUCAUCACAGUAGUCAACCAACUAAUUGGAAAGUGUCCAUAUGUAUCUCAAAGUAAGUUAUCAAAUACUUCAACUUGCAUGUCAUACAAAAAGAAUAAAUAAUGAUUCAACAUAAUCACGAAAUCAUUAUAUAAACUGUUUAAUUCCCAGAGUAGCUGCUAAAGUGAUAUUUUUGAUUCACUGCGGUUUUUGAGUUAACUGACAGUGUGUUUAUUGGCUUGCUUUUAUCUGGGGGAUUUUUGUGGGGCUUAGAGAGACACUUGCUCCUAUUUUUAGAUCAGACCUCAUGGCCCCUCUCAGUCCUUCACUGCCAGAGGGACUGAGAAUCUGGACAUUCACUCUGUGGACACAAACACUAACACUCAGAGGCAUACGGACACACAGGCCCAGGUUUUAUUUUAAAACAACCAUGUAAGUGUGAGAGGGAAGUGGGAUGUGCCAAACUCAUUAUGUGGCGUGUAAGGAUGUUGCUAAAUGUGGCCUCUUUGGUUUCUCUUCACUCUAAGGUCACUUUGUCCUCUCUGUCUGCACUGCAGAUGAACUGAGCUCUCUGCCAGCCGUCACUGAAGUUCAUUAGUGAAGCAGAAGUCAGAGUAUGAGGCCACCUUGCUUGUUGAAUGCCCUUUCACAAUUCCUCUGUCCCAGACAUUCAUUAGACUCACAGAUGGGCACAUGCACACUCCCUGCAUUGUGUGUACCCACAAAAACACGUUCAUGGAUGCAUGGUGGGUCCACACAGAUCAAGAAUUGGUUGUAUUUUCAUUCAACAACCCAUAACUGCCCCCUUAGUGCAGGCAGGAUAGGUUGCCAUAGCAAUGUACGUGACCUAGAGUCAAGAAGUCUCUUGUGUUGCGCCAGACAAACUGACAGCCGAGGUCUGAAUGUGGCAUUAGGAGACAAGAGCACCUCAUAAAUCAGUGGGAAGCAGACCAUGAAACCCAGUGGUGAGAAUUCCUCAAGUGGAGGAAAGAAAAUGGAAACACAAAGUUUGUCCUCUCCUCCUCAAAGAAGAAGAAAAGGUUCACCUGAAAGUUUGGUCUGGCUGUUCAAUGACUCAUCUUUGUUGCAGCUUGGUGCAUCGAAAAGCAAUGAAUGUUUCAUGAGAUAGUAAGAAAUUUUGAUGGAAAUUUAAGUCAAAAUAUCUUCAAAUUUAGUUUAGAGAGCAGACGACAAAAAAAUAAUGUGUUUGUGAAUUUCAGCAUAUCUGUGUUUUUGUUGUGAUCGUCUUUGAAUAAGUCUCUCUCUCUCUCUCUCUCUCUCUCUCUCUCUCUCUCUGUCUCUUGUUAGAUGUACUAUCCAAAAGGAGUGUGCUCAAGGACUGCUGGCACGUUCCUGGAUAAGCAUGGGUGAAGGCCCUCAGCAGUGUCCGUCCAUGACCCUCAUACCCCCUGAGAUCAGCAUCUCUGCAGACAUUACGGUACCACCGUCUCCCUCCGUAUCAUUUGUUGUCCUUCAGACCGAUUUCACGAGUCACACCGUUACAUUUGUUCACUGUAAAGUUAUGUUUGUUAUGAGGACAGUGUAUUUAGAGCUGUUUAAUCUGGAUGCCUCAUGACCACCUUCACAACCUGACACCUCUUUCUAUUUUUAUACUCACUAUUAUUAUUGCGCUGCUGAUAAAGUCAUGCCAACACGGCGCAGUUGCUCCCUCCGCUUUCCCUGUUGUAGCCUCAUAGUCUGUGCUAACACCACCACUAUGAAGCUGCUGUAGUUCAUGAAAACUGUGCACCACCUGCUCAGCACCGAAGAGCAGACAGACGCUAAGAGUGACUAAGUGAGAGCACGUAAAUUUUCCUCGCUAAAGUCAAAUGAAUAUUCAUUAGGUGGCACAUACAUAACUCCGAAUGAAAAAACAGUUUCCCUAUAUGAUCAUCUUUCACAUCAAAAUCUGAUCCCAUACAUUUGUCCUGCCACUAUAAGAAAAGCCUCAACCCAGACACUUUGAGUGGUGUCAACAUGAGUCAUGCUAGUCGUAAAACAGCAAACCUGCUGUGAAGAAAAGGACAGCUUACCGGUGGCACAGCAUGAAACUGCAUGCCAUACAUAGCUGUCGGUGUCUCUCUUGCAUGCAACUGAAACUCUUAACCAUUUCGUGACAGUGACUCAGGUGUGUUUUGAUGAUCAUCAGUCCCUUUUAAUUAAUGGUUAAUAGAUGGGUUUGAUAAUAACAAACAGACACCUUAAGACACACAACAUCUUCGUUGUGUUUGUUUUUAUCUAUCCUUUUUUAAGCCUGAAAAAUAAGAUUUGUGUAAGAGUGUUAUACUUUAAUGUUACCUCUUGUUUUCUGAAUCUCCCUCUCUAAACCCUGUGUAGUCCAAGCAGAUAACUGUCUUACAUGAGUCAGGUUUGGCUCAAGGUUUCUGCCUGUUAAAAGGAAGUUUCUCCUUGACAUUGUAACCUGCUAACUUGCUGUAAAAAGACACGUCCCGGGUGGAAGCGAAAAGACUGACGCAAAACCAGACUGACUGUUUUUCAGUUCUGAUUAGACACUAGUGUUGAGAUGUCUGUCUGUCAUGAUAGCAUGUACUGAACUAUAAUCCAUAAACGUAAGGUAACAACUGAGACCUAGUGGUGCUGUGACAGGAACGCGAUUGAGUUUGAGACAGUGAAAAUACAUAUGGUAUGUUGUACCUGAACAGGUUAGCUUAAAAGCUAAAGUUACUUAGCACAGAUGAAAGUUAAAACAAAGAUGUUUAGCAAACUGUUGAAGCACACAAACCAUUGUCAUAUGAGAAAUCUGACGCUAUGACUCUCCACAAGUUGUCCUUCAGGUCAUUAUCUUUGUAAUGUUUGUGUUUUUAUCAAAAAGCACUCUGUUCUCCGACACGUAAACAAUCAGCCGGUCGGCCAUGUUGGAUAUACCGGUGAAUCUGACGUUGCAACAACAUGAAAUCUGAUUGUCAAGAAGUGGACACACAGUAUGUGAAACUUUAGAAAAAUCGACCGUGAAACGAAAAAAAAAAGCCGCAAUAUCGCAGGAGGGGAAAAUGUCACGAUAUGGGUUCGAAAAACAGAUUGACAUCUUAAAUAAUCACACAAAAAAAGGACCUUUAAACAUAAAAUAUAAGACACAAAAGUUUUGCAGUCAAUUCUAGAUUAGACAUUUGGAACAAUAUGCUUUCUAUCACCUCUUUAGCUUUGCUAUGAGUAUCACUUGACAAGAUCUUCUUUAUUCACACCUUUUUAAUUCCUCUGUUGAUUUGAUUUGGGACACAGAAAACGUAAACACUGGGGGCUACACGUAUCACUAACAGUCUGAUUUUAAUCAAAGAUGACAGGAUGCUAUGCUCUGACACAAAAGAGUGGCUGCAUCCUUGUGAGGGUACGACAUGUAAAUUGUUGUUUUCAAUAAUUACUUCCAGUCAGUAUAUCAUGUAAGAGAAACCUAAUAACAGGAUAAUUAGCCUCCUGAAUUUUGACACUUGGAAUAUAUUUGACCUUUAAUUACUGCUCAUAAUUAGACGAGGCAGAGAGACGACAGGCCAUUAAUUGGUUCAUUAAUCGUGGAUAUUUCCUUGUUAUGUGGGUCAGUUUGGCUGUAAUAGAUCUAACAGCUGCCAGAUUCACAGGCAUCCUUUUGGAGUCACAGGAAACUCGGCUCAAGGUUGUCUCUCCAAACAGGAAGCAGCAGGCAGGAAGUUAGGGCUUUGGUCAGGAAAUGAUCAAUUCCAACAUACAAUGGAGCGGAUUUUCAAGACAUGUUAGCGCAUGCCGCUGGCCACUUUAGCUUGUGUCUGCUGAGCCAUAGCUGAUGCCAUUGUGCUCUUCCUCACUGCCUAACACAUUUUGUCAAAGGCCCCCCACCCCUUACUUUUCUCGCAUUGAAUUCAUUUAACUGAAAUCCAGUCAUGUCAGCGAGGUGUUAGUUUUCUCAUUAUACGACUGUCAUACUUCAUCACAGAUCCAGAUUUAGAUGUGAAUGUAGCGCUCUGCCAUCUGUUUCUUCAUUGCACAUUAGUUUCUCUGUUUCCCUGCCUGAACUCUCAAACAAACUUGAUGUAAUGCCAGUACUUUUUUCCCCCCAAGUCAAAAGACUAACAGAACAUACACUUGUUUUAACAAUACCAGUAUGUGGUUUGGCAUGGAGACUUGACCAUAUCUAAUCAGUUGCCAUUUUCAACUGACAUCAUGCUGAGGUAUGAAGGUCUGCGAUCAUAGUGUCACAGCAUGUGCACUAUAAAUCUACAGGAUUCAUUAUUAUUUCACCGCUUUGAUAUAGACAUGUCGAAAAUCUGCAGACUUCUUUGGAUUUUAUAUGAGUAUGGAGAUAUCAAUAUACUCAAAACUGCAGAAGAGCUUAUAUUCUAUCAAUAAAACUCAAAAUACCACAAUUAGACAUCCUCUAACUUCAGGUGGGAAUCACAGAGUAAGCCACAAUGCAGUACUACGAGAGAAUUCACAACACAGAGCCUGAGAUAAUGAUCAAAAUACAGACCUUCUACCGUAAUUGGUGCAACGCAAGACAAUCAUUUUAAUGAUACAUCAGGAUAACUGUCUAGAUCAAGAAAGAAAAUACCCCUAUGAAGGCAAUGUGCUGGAAUGCAGGCACAAAGCCAGACACUGUAACCAUUAGAGGCUAAGCUCAAACCCAGGAGUGUUCAGGGGCACGCUCCACCCCUUAGGGAAAAUGUUCUCAUUUCUGGCAGGUAUAAAUGGUGUUUUUCUCGCUGUUUUUAGUAGAAAUGUAGAUUUAAAAUGUCAAAAACCAUGCACAUCAUUUGGGAAAAUGGUGAGUUGCCACCUGUAAGACGUAAUCCUUUAGAGCCUGGGUAUUGUUCUCCAACUGUCUCCAUUAUUCCGAAGCUAUAAAGCAACACAUGGAAGAAAAACAAAAGAGACAGGGGAGAGAGAGAAUGAUGGAUGAUGAUUUUAAGUUACAUUAUACAGAUAGAGCAGGGAUUUAGAGCAGAACUUUCUAAUUGGCAUUAAUCACUCUGAAAAAGCAGAUGAAAAGCAGAUGUGGUAGUUACACAUUUAUCUCUGUAGCCUUCGAGCUGACGUUCAAUACAAUAUACACCACACUACAAUACAAAAAGGCCUUUCUUAGUUUUUGUGCCGUACUCUGAAUAAUGUGGUUUGAUUUUGUCAAUUUGGCUCCCAAUAUAAAAUGACUGUUAAACACUGAUCUGGUUUUCUAAUUAUCAUCACAAAACCUAGCAACAAAAUACAGACCAUCUGCGCCCACAAAUAAGCUUUUCUGUCCCUUAAAAUGAUCUGCCAAUCAUCCCAUCCGUAUUGUAGGUUACCGCACAAUCUGUAAUGUGAUUGGUUGCCUGGAGCGGUGACGCCAACACCUUUCCGCUCCAGACUGCAUCCGUACAGAAGUUUUAGAACCGAGUUUUGCUGAUUCUCUUUUAAAAACACUCUGCCCUUCUCAGGUCUGUUGAAAAGUAGCUGGUAAACAGGAAGUGGGGAAAUGAAAGCAAUUCUCCAACUGGUACCUGAUAUUUAAACAUUCAAUCUGCACUUCAACAGCAACCCCUUAUAGCUGGAUUUUAGCCUUCCACCUCAAUAACUGAGGAAAGCAGCCACCCUGUUGGUGUUGUAGAUGUAUUUUCUUGUCAUUAUCUGUUAUUUAUGUGUGUACCUAUGUGUUUUUGUCAUAGAAUGUUGGCAUUCUGAUAAACGGCAGUGUCCCCGAUCUGGUCGGCUCCCGAGUGGAGUGCGAAUACGCACCUGGUGUUUCUACGGCUGCCACAGUGCAUCUAGACUCCGGACCUGCUCAGAUCCAGACCUGCCCCCUCCUCCCACGAGAAAACUACCAACCAAUCCUCCCCGGCACAGGUGAGACCGAACAAAAGCAUCCGUUUGGCUGUGUGCCAUCGCUAAAGCACAGUUAAAGUGUAUGAAUCAUUUUUUUUUCAUUAAUAAGAUCUUGAGCAAAUGUAAUUUCCCCUCUUGUCUUUCAAAAGUCAGUGGUGCAGCAUGAGGAUAUUUGCUGUCUCGUUUGUGUUAUGACAGAGAUAAAGUCUGGAAUGGUUGACACAUGCGGCAUUGUUUACUCUCCUUUGUUUCUCUAGAUCAUCUGACUGUUUCUGUGGCGAUAAAAGUGAAUGGUACAUCUGUGGUAUCUGGGAGCUUCAUCAUCUACGACUGUGAGAGGACUGGAGCAAUACACCCCAAGACAUCGUGAGUCACACAUUUAUUGUCCCCAAAAACUUAACUCAUAUAUUUGGUUCUUGCACUCCUCCAAACUCAUGUCUAAUUUUAACAGCAGUUUGAUAAUAAAGAUGUAAAAUCCAAUCUAAUUUCCUCAGAGAAAGCACCAAAACAGAGAAAAAUUCUUCUUCUGUCUUUUCAAAUCAAUUUUCCCAUAACCUCUCAAGUUUUGCCACUGGCCUUCUGGAGAGGCCUGUCAUGAAGAUUAGAAACCUCUGUGCUAAAACAUCCUGACUGUCUGGGAAGCAGUUGAAAGUAUCUCUGCCUUGCCCGGCUAUUACAGAAAAAAUUCUGCCUACUCGUUGCUACAUUAGUAUUUAAAAUAUAAUAAAGCAAUAACUAAAAAUAUGUCAGUCUGAGGCAGCACUUUUCCUGCAGAAUGACUUUCUUACAAGUGCAGUUUGCUGAUAAUAUUUCUGCACAUUUCAAGCAGGAUUUGUAAUGCAGGACUCAUACUUAGGAUGGAUUAUGUUUACAUGCUUUUACUGCAGCUUUUUUGGCGUCGGUAGUUCCUCAACUACAUCUUCGACUGCUGGCGACAUGAUUUCAAGGCAACCGUUUAAAACAAAGCUUCCUGAAAGGUCCAAAUACCAAUAUAUCUUUUCCUAAACAAAGGGUUUCUGUAGAGCCGUAGCAAAUGUCAGCUUGAGUCUCUGUGGCAUUGUAGAUGUGCACACAUAGCUGGAAGCUGAAAAAACAGCGAAGCAUCUCUGCUCUGUCUCAAAGGCCUUUCCGCUUUGUCCCUAACCUCUUCCUCUCAUGUUUUUUUCCCUGUCUUUCUAUUUAUUCCCCAGUGAGUAAAUAUUGCCGACACGUCCUGUUGGAGGGCUUAUUGUGUGUUUGGCUUGCUCAGGGUUUUUCAGUGAAGGAUCAAAUGUGGGAUUAAUAUGCUGUAAACGUUAAGCCAGAGGAAAUUGGAUAUGUAUGUCUGGCUGGUCAUGUUGAUGUUUGUUUUUGUGAAGGACCGCGACUUGUAUGGCCUGGUCACAAAGAGGGUUUUCUCAUAGCUGGAGGCAAUCCAGCUGGCUUCCUCCUGCAUGUCGUACCAUGUCAGAGGAUCCACUUUAUCUGAUAGGCAGAUCCACGGCUUUUGGGGGGGGGGCAUCAGUGUGUGUGUAUGUAGGCGGGUGUGUUUGUUGACUGUGAUUCCCUUAGAUCGAAAACCAUUUGGGUGUGUCCCCUUUUGUUCACUUUUUCAAGCAGCCGGGAUGUGUGAACACAGCAGUUGCAGGUACAUGUGUGCAAGACUGCACCCAAUAUGCGCGUGUGGCCUCGGUGCUCUGCGAGGUCCGGGAGUGUGAAAUUAGACGGUGGAUUGUUGAAGGUGAUAAUGAGCAAAGUGCCAUUCUCACAGGAUGAGCAAUGGACUGCAAACUGCGGAGCUGCUAUACUCUAUCUGAUUUUAAUCACUUCAAGCUGUUUUUUUUAAUAAUCCCUAAAGAGUCUUACCAGCCACACCUCCUUAGUGAAACUAGAUAAAUUCUCUUUGUUCAGGGCUUUAUGUGGAAAGCCAGCACUUAGGGUUUUUAUGUGUCAAAGCUUAACUCUUAAUAAUGAGACACUGACACCGUUAUUGUCUGUGCAAACCAUCAAGGUCAGACAGGAGCUAUCUUAAAAGUUUCUUCUUGUAAACUUCAGGAUAGUGAAAUCCGCCAUCCAAUAGUUCUUAAGCAUUAUAUCUGAUUAUUUGAGCAGGAACAUCCUUGAAUGAUGUAAGAGGAUAAUAUAACUGAUAAAUGUACAUGCUGGAAAGGAGAUAAGGGAAGGAGGUCUAUCGGUUUGUCUCCGACAAUAUUAACCUGUUUACUAAAAUAACCGAGAGGGUCCAAUUGUGUAAUUUGAGCUCUUUCUUUAAAGUGCACCCUGGCAUUUUUAGAUCACUCGUCUCUGGCUGUGAGUAUGAUGUCUGAGAAAAUAACCCCAAUGAUGAUGUCAUGGUGGUGUCAUCAGAGUGAUCUCAAACUGGGAUUAAGACUUCAAACUUUUGUCAGCCGGGGUUUAGAGAUGAAAGAUUUAACCUGUCAGGGAGCAUCUAAAGAGAGAUGUCAAGAAGUUGCAUUGUGGGAAGUGCUGGAUCCAGUGGCGUUUGAUCCUGUCCAUGAUGGGACUAAAUUGCUGAUAUCAAAGUCACCGUUUUUUUUUUUUUUUUUUUUGACAGUUUAUUUAUGAACAUUUUUUUCAAAAACAGUAUACAGAUUCAAUAACAACAAUAGAACUACAAAUUUCACCCAAACCGGCCCCCUCCCAGAACAAACCCCGUAGGCCAACUCUUACCUACGUCCCUUAAAAAAAAUAAAAAAAUAAAAAAGAUAAAUAAUAAAAUAAAAUAAUAAUAAUAAUAAUAAUAAUAAUAAUAGUUCAUAUAUUAAAUAAACAAAUUAUUUAAAUAAUUAAAUAAAUUACUUUAAGUGAUCUGUGAGAAGUUAUCCAGAUAUAUUUUGAAGUCAUUCCAGCAUAUGUCAAAAAGAUGAGGUUUCUUUUUCAUACUGAACAUAUAUAUUUUUUUCAAGGUGUCUCUUGUGCGUCCAACAUUCGCAAAUAAAAGAGUAAAACUAAACCUCUUGAUUACCCACUUUCAAGCUUCUGUUGCACCCUCAUUGGACAAAGCAGUACCUCUAUUUUUUUGUUCUCUGCGUGCAUUAGUGUUGUUGUCAUCAAAUGCAUCACUCAUUAAGGAAAAUAUCUAAAAACCCUUUUCUGUACCUCUUUAAAUCUCUUUGUCUGACACCUGCCCUGGAGCAGCAUUUUUAGGCAUUUAUAUAAAAAAACAUAGACAUAAUUUAUCCGUGCCGAUGAUCUCAUGUGCUUUUGUAGAGCAGAUAGAAGCAUCUGUAUCAAUUUCAGUCUGUUUCAUAACUACUUAAAAAUCCCUCAAAGGAGCUUUAACCAGUAAAUCAAGGUUAGCGACACAAAGGAAACAUCAUCCGCUCAUAAAUGUGGCGAACGCUGAAUUGUAGUCCCAAAGCUGGCUCACCUACACAGAAGAAAGCUCGGAUGUGUUUGUGAGUUAAUGUUUAAGCGUGUGAGACUGAAAGUGAUGAGACAGUUCUCCGGUGACCCGUUCAGAGUGUUAAUGACAACCAGACGAUUCAGCAUUCCAGUCUCACCAAAUAGCCCAGUAGGACAACCACCUAACCUGCCCUCUCGCUAUGUGUCUAUCACCUUCUUUUAUGUUUCGCACAGACCCAAAACUCUCUCACACACACACACUCACUCACUCUGUUUGUUUGUUUUAUUGUCUGUCUUUCUCUACCUCUCUCUCUGUCGAUCAAGUUUUGCACUCCUGUUGUUUUCCCCUCUUUCUGUCUGUCCGUUUGCUCCCUUCUCUCAAAAUCUCCCCCUUAAAACUGGUCUUUUCUUCUCUGUGUAUUUUGUCUUAGACAGAGACGUGAUUGAGGAUGUGUAUUUUACUGCUGUGUCCACUAAAAGGCCCUGAGAGUGUUAGCCUGACUGUGUAUUUAGUGUGUGUGUGUGCGUAUGUGUGUGUGUAUGGUCCUUAUGACUUUGGGUGGGCAGUGUUGAGGGGUAUUUACUGUCCGUGUUAGGUCAAGCAGAGAGAAAGAGUAUGUGAACAAUCUUUAUGUGUGUGUGUGUGUGUGUGUGUGUGCGAUCAUGUGAUUGAGCGUGUGUGUGUGUGUGUGUGUGUGUGUGUGUGUGUGUGUGUGUGUGUGUGUGUGUGUGUGUGUGUGUGCGCGCUGUAGGUGUUUUAGUGGGACUGAAAGGGAGUCAGGGAAAACAGAAAUGCUGCAGCUGAUAAGAGCCUUGAGGGGGCCGUCUGCUUCUAAUCAGAACACACACACACACACACACACACACACACACACACACACACACACACACUUUUUCUCUAUCCAACUCCCCUUCCAGUCUAAAGACCCCCUUGGAGUGCUACUAUCACUGGAGGCGCUAUCACUCCUGGUGUGGGACAUCUGUCUCUUCCUGCAGGCAGUACAGUGACACACACUCCACUCACACACAUGCUGCACUGUGGAGGUGUUCCACUUACGGACGUUUAUCUGGGAGACACACACACCCACACACUUACGCACACACAUUUGUAUUCUAUCCUCGGUAUAGAUAAAUACGGUACAAUCCAUAUCCCCCGAACACUGUCAUUAAUCAUCUCAAGUUUACGUCCAAACUUUACUCAGAGCCUUAAUCUGAAAGAACAGAUCACCCAAAUCGCAACAGAGCUGAAUAUCACAGAUAUUUAUAUUGAGGUAAUGCCAUAAAUCUCAAGGAAUAAUAUCUCAAAAGCUUGGAAAACAAAACUUAGACCAAUGGAGUUUGUGAUUUGGCUUAAAAAGCUCAGUACUGUGGUUUUAAGCAAAAGUUACUCAAACAGGAGUGGUGAAUAUAGUUUUGACCCAUUCCAGUUUGAGAUUUGGUGCUACUGCGGUUACAAGAAGCUUCCCCUGGCAGUGCCCAUUUUUUAUUAUUAUGAUGGUAUUUUAGGAUUGUGUCAUGGUGUGCAGUCGUAAAAAUGACAUUCAAAAAAAGAAAAAACUCUAGUUUACAAUUACGUGACUUUGAGUGGAAAUUUGCCUGUAGCAUCUUUAUACAUUCUUGAAGAACAAUUGAAAUAAUUUAUGAGCAACAAUAGAGCUGUAUGGGAAAGAGGCGUGGUUUGCUUUGGUACUAAAUGAUAAACCGUACUAAACCAAUUAUCUUCAUGAUGAUCCAAGCAUUAAGCCCUAGCUUUAUACAGACAUCUUAAGCCUUUGUAUUUGAUAUAUAAAUAAACUACUUAUUGGUUUGGCUGUGGAAAAGAGACAGCCUCAUAAAUCUGUAAUGGCUUUAAUGUUGCCUUUUUACUGCGAGUGUUGUGUAAUUUCAAGUUUUCACACGCUUUCAGACUUUUAUUUUGAAAGGCAAGACAAAAGUAAUGACAGCCAGGAGGAGCAUUAAAAUAGAAGUUUAAGGAGUUAUCAUUGUUAUUUUUCAUAACACACAUACAGCCAAUGACAACACCUCACACUGAGGCUAAAGGUCGGUUUCUUCACAAAUUGUAAGUUUUAAAUACUUUAGUUUCAGCCAGUUUAGCUUUAAAUAACAUGUUUAUCUUUGUUUCACUUUUUUGUUAGUCAUUGACUCUUAAAUAAAUCUGAGACCCAUUUUAUAAUGUGUCAGACCAUCUUUUGUGGCUACAUGUCUGUCAUGGACCAAGCAUUCAAGCACAAAACACAAGUUUAAAGUUCCAAAAAAGGGGGAAUUAUUUUUUUUUAAAUGGCUUUUGAAAUGUAAUUAAAGUUGAAGGGCCCUUAAAAGAAGACAACAAAAUAUACCUCCACUGAAAUUAAAGUUAACAAAACUUGACAUCAACUCAACUAACAGACCUGCCUGAAUGAGACACUUGGAGAAUAUUCAUAGUGGUUGAUCAGAUCACAUUUAACACACUGGGGAAAACUAUACACAAUAAUGUAAACUAACACUCUUGAACCCUGAUCCCCCCUAUGAUGUAAGAGCUCUUGGUGUAGUCUAUGGGAGGGGCUCCAGAAUAAAGCCUGGCUCCGCCCUCAGCUCAGUCUUUUGUCUGCCCAAGUAGGAAAUGCCAUCAGGCAGCCAGGUAACUCAAAGAAGAGAGAAAUGAGUUCAUACAAAUGAAUAACAAAAAAAACAAACAGUGUAAGCUAAAUAUGUGCACUCCAUCCAGAAAACAAUGUUGCCAAAGUACUAAUAAACCAAUUUUAAACAAGACAAACUAUGUGUGCUGUAACUGCAACUCAGAGUAACUGACCAUGUGGUUUGCGAGUGUGUAAAUGCUACAACCUCACAAUGCCCAUGUCAUUUUUAACAGUAUUUUCCACAGGCUGCAUUAUCUCUAAUUUGUACAUUUGGGUGUUUCUCGGCCUAAUUAGCGGGGAAUGAAUGGAGUCUAAGAGCUUAUUUUAAAUUUCCUUGCCAAAAUGUCCUCACUUAAAUGGUGUGAAACUCAAAAUGAUGUUUAUAAAGAUAGUAACCUUGGAGAUAGAGCUCUCACAUGUAUCAUCAUUGAACAGUCUGUGUGUUUAUAGAAGAGGGCUUUGUUUUAUCUCCACAGAUUUGGCCCACUUUGACCUCCUGGCCAGCUGGCUGUGUUGUUACUGUGAAAUGAAUGUGUCUGCUACUGUGACUAAUCAUUAUUUCCCUUUAUUAGAGUUAAACUUUGAAGCCUAUAAUCAGUCGAACCUCUGAGUUUGUAUAACACACAGAAUUAAUCAGACAUAGCAACUUUUGAAAUGACUAUUUAUCGCUGCAUGGGAACAGAUUAAAGGGGAGGAAACUGGCUAAAUUUGAUGUUUGGCUCUGAAGUCUUUUCAUGUAUAUGUCUUUUUUUUUUCAGAUGUGAGAGCUGUCUGAGAACCAGGUGGAAAUGUUUCUGGGACCAGGAGAACCACCUUUGUGUUUCCAAUAAAAAUGAGUCAAAGCCCAACCUGCUGGAGGUGAGUAAUCCUCUGCUUUUUAAUAAUCUAUCACCCAAACAGACACCUAGAGGAUCUCAUGUUAUUAAGACCCCUCUAGUCAAAGCCCCAGACUCACUCCAGAUUCUUUUAAGUUUGCUGUGUAAGGCCCCAAGUCCAGACGGGUUAGGCAAGAGUCCUCAUGUGGUAAUUCAGCAUGAGGUUUCAAUGUCUCAGCUGCAUGUAGAAAUGUUGCAACCCUCUAUAAAAUCUCAGGAGGUUUCAGUUUAACAGACUCCUUACAGGGUAUUGUACCAUUUUAAAGCUCCUCAGACCUCCUAUAAAGUUUUGGCAGUUUGCUUAAUACCCCCACAUGUGGAAGAGUGCUUUGUCCCCAUUUUUUAGGAGAAUUAUUUCUAAAUGUCAGAGCCGCUGGUUGCCAGAGGAGUGAUAAAUCUACACCUACAUUCUUAGCUAUGCUUUCAUACAACCCUUCAUUUUAAGUAGGUGACUGUACGAAUGGAUUAUGUAGAUGUAUGUUUAUGGAGCCUCACGAGGGUGUAAACUACUCUGAAAAGCAAACAAACUAAAUAGUGUAAAAGGGUUGGCAUGAAAAGGCUGUGAAACUAGGGGAAAUUAUCCACAACAAGAACAGCCUCAUUGAUACAAAUUACAACUCCCCAGACACAACUGUCUUUUGUGCAUGUUUCUGACAACACAAGACCAUGUCAGGCUUUGUAUCAUCGCCAUCCCCUGCAGAGUUUUAUCACUCAGCCAGGUCCCAUGACCUGUGCGAGGAGGCUUACUCCCAGCAGACCCCAGCCCUAAGGACACAGGGGUCUGACUGACAGUUCUGGUCCCUGUGAGAGAGGAGAGGAUGUGACUCACAGUCCUCUGGUCAGCUGCUAGUUAACUUGUUCUGCUCUGGCGUUGAAGUGUUUUAUUGCCAGCUCUAUCAGGAGAGCCCCCUGGACAGGAAAAAAGCUGUUUUUCUUAAACAAUUGCUGUAAUAAAGAUAUCACUGGAUUUCUGAAGCAAAUAAAAGCUAGUCAUGCGUGCAGUUUGAGAUCCCAAGAUACACCAAAACAAACAUAUUAAAGCACAAGAGGCUCCUGUUUUUCUAGUCACUUUUUUGUUAUUCAGAUUUUAGCUCUUUUUGGAUGUGAAAAGACUCCAUUAAGUCUUUGUUAUGUAGGUCAUAAAGAGGAGAGGAGAUGAGUUUCCCCCGUUUUUCUGCUGAUCCCAUCACAGUGUCCGGUGGGUCUGUUUUUCUAAUCCCUCAUCGUCUCCCCAUUUGAAGCUAUUGUUGUCUCCCUCAGAGCAAGACUUUACCCCCUCAUUUCCUCCUCCUACACAUAAACAGGACAGGUAUUUUGGGUUGCGGAUGUGUGCUGUGGAGCCAUUGUUUUCUUUAAUUCCUAUAUGUCACUUCCUGCCCCUGAAACCCCACCUCACCACAGAAUGCAGCUUCCUGUCCCAGUCUGGUCGCUUCCGAGGUUCCUCCUUCACCAUCAGGAAUGGCCCAGGACUUUACCUUAUCCCUCAGCAACAUCCAGGAGGUACGCCAGACAUCCCUACAGCUAUGGAGCUGGACUUGGACUUUGUCCAAAUUGCAUGUUGUGAAAAUGAUUGGAAUAAAACCGAGGCAUAUGGUGGGUUCGCUUCAAGCUGAGUUAAAAACAGAUGGAAAUUUGUGUGCUGUUAUUUAGGUCAAUGAAUGAGUGGAACCUGAAUGUGGGUGAUCUCCAUGUUGUGAGACAGAUAUGAAAGUGAAGUAUUAGUGUGAGUCUUUAUGCUUAUGUUGCUCCCUGCUCAGCUGUUUGGGCCCACCAUGCAUGUGGUAUCAUACUGUGACUAGCUGAGUUGUGCCUCUGUCAGCACAGCGUACAGUACAAUGUGCAGUGGGGUCUGAGGCAGCACUCACACGGCAGGGGCUUUAUUUCACCCGUGUUGGUUUUAAAUUCGCCUAGUCCUUCCAGAUCAGUUUUUUAAACUCCUUAUUCUCAUCCUUAAUCCAUGCUGAGCAAGUCAGACGCUGAUCCUGCAUCCUUGAUAAGGACACGGCUGGGAACUUCAGAAAUUCCUAUGCUGACUGGUUGCCAGGCGUGGUCAGUCACACGCCUAACCCCGGCUGGCCUCUCCGGCCCUCUCCAAGUGUGUUGCUAUGGUGACAGACUCUGAGUCACAUACAAAACCACAUGAACGCACACAAACACAGUUUCUCAGGACAGCUUGGAAGUGUUUGGCUAUUCAUACUUCUCUUUAUUAUGAAAGUUUAUACUAGCUGAGAGUGUUUGGAUAAUGUCUUCAUCUUGUCAGAAAGCCAACAUGCAGGAAAUGUGGUGUCACUCAUUUUGGUGCUUUCCAAAAAGUAUCACCAUCUCCUCAUGACCUCUUUUGGAACAUGUGGUGAAUUUAGCUCUGGUUCCCACAGUUUUAAAAAACCUGCUAUGAAUUAUUUAGACGCUACACUGAUAAACAUUCAUUCCAAAAUAUUUAGCAACAAGCAGAUACUUGAGAGUUUAUCCUGCAGUUUUUAUGAAAGUGGUUCUCAGCCUGAACAGGGAACAUUAUAAAGUGUGUUUGCUGUUGAGCCCUCCGGGGCAAAGGGACCUGCCAGAAAGCAAAAAAGAUCUUCUCUGGUGUCAAAAAGCACGGAAAAUAGCAAAGUCACGGAGAGGGCGAUCAAAGUAGACCAAUUUAAGCUGGCUGGAUUCACAGACAAAUGAUUUCUCCCACUUUAAGCACUUAUCUUUUACUGCUCUUAGCUAUCUGAGCUACUUCAUGGUCUUCACAUUAUCCUGGCUCAUUUAAACUCUGGGCUCUGAUUUUAGAAAGAAUGAAUUCAUAUUCAUUACCAUGGCUCCCAGAUGACUCGCCAAGGUGUGGGAGUCCAGAUGUUUAUGAAUAUGAAUUUUGAAUAGAUUGCAUCUUUCCCUGGCAGGGACAAUUAUAGUGGGUUCUUUGAGUUUGCUGGUUCUCUUUUGGAAGUUGUCAAUUGUUACCAGACGUGUACGAGAUAGAAUUUCUUUGCAGACGCCAGCUCUGUUUUCUCUCAUUUUGGGCGCUAGAGCUGCAAUUAUCUCAUUCUGAGAAAAAUAUAAUAUCAUAUUUGGCUUGCUUGUUGCAACAGAAAUGCUGAAUACUAGUUUAAAAAAAAGUGAUCUGCUCAACAGGGAGAGAAGCUGGAGUGUGACUUUGGGACGGAGCAGCAAUAUGAGGCCACAUGGCUGAACAGCACGACGAUCAAAUGCAGUGGAGUUACAGUAAGUAUUCAUACGAGAAAGAACUACUCAAGUAAGUUUUCUAAAUUCAAAAAAGACCAUAGAGGUCUGAUUCAGCUAAUGUGCGUUUACUCUUUCAGUGUGCUCAUUAUUGUUUGGUUAAAACUUGCUUGUAAGUUGUUUUCUAUGUAAUUAUUGUUGGUUAAGAACCGAUUAUUAUCUCAAACAACAAUACACGUUAAGGCAGAAUGACAUAUUUCUGACCUGUUUUAUUGCUGCCCUUUACCUCUCUGUCUGUGUAGCUGUCUACCAAUCAAAGGAGUCAGAUUUAUCACCUUAACCUGCGGAGAAAGGGGUACUUCAGUGGACAAGGGGAGGAUAUAUUUAUCGACAGCCCUCAGCCCAUGAGAGGUACGACACCGCACUCAUAAUAAUGUCGACUUGUGGGAAAAAAAAAACAAAUGAAAAAUCAUCUUUCACGCUUCAGCUGUUUGCUCAGCUCUCCUGUAUUUGCAUCAUAAUUAGACACUCGCCAAAAAACAAGGGAAAAUCUGACAUAGCUGCCACUGUUGCUCCCAGAAUGCAUUUCACCUCUGCACAAAUGUUUUCUGAUGAGAUUGGUGGAUUUAAUUAAACCUGCAGAAAAAUAAAGAACCGCUUACGGGAACAAACAGUGUGAGACUGCCUUUCACUUGCAAUAAUAGUAGUUGUUGUAAUGCAACACAUAAUUUGCCAACAACUAGCAAUUUCCCAUCGUAUCAUUCUCUGCUACUGGCUAAUUUCACAUAAUGGUUACUGAACUUAGGGAGCAGCAAUUUAAGGUGUUAGCAAAGGCCCUUGCAGGCCGUGUCCUCAUGUAUUGUUCAAAAUACAAUAAAAACUCCAUGACAACAGUGAGAUAAUGAAAAGUAGUGUGCAUGUUGUUGAAUUUGGCAUGUUGUUAUAGUGCGUAUACAAGCCAAGCCUAGCCUAUCCCAGUCCCAGAUGUGCUGUUCCUCGUCCAUGUGUCUAGCAUGUGAACAACAGCCCUGGGCCCCUGCCAGACACUCUGUUAGCUGUUAGCGGACAUGACAGUUGCUUCAUAACAUGCGGAGUCAUCAAAUUUAAAUUUAUCACACACAUCCAGGCGCACAAAAUGCACACACUGUAAUAUGCACACAAAAGCAUGCACAGAUGCACAUGCAGGGAUACAAAUGGGACUGCGCUCUGGGAGGCACAUUGGAACAAGACUAUAAUCAUCUGUUUCUCGCUGGCUUUGUUCUCCUCGACUCCAUUAGCUCUCCUUUUUUUCCUGGUUUAUUUUUACAGCUAUGAAUGUAUCACCCUGCAAAUGCUUUCAUUCAGAUCAUACACCCAUGUGGUUCAUAUGAGGUUAAAAAAAUGUAAUUUGGGACUCUGUCUUACCUUGUUUACCAGACAAGGCAAACAGCGCUCAGAGAUGCUACUUUUAAGUAAUAACUGCCUCCCCGUCUGUCUCACUCUCUCAUCUCCCUCUAGUGGAAGUGUACAACUGUAGGGUGGGGAGUUCAGACUGUUCCCAGUGCUGGGGCCGAGAGGACCAGGGCCACCUCUGUGGCUGGUGUGAAAACAGCUGUCGACCAAGGGAUGACUGCCAGCCCAUCAGGGAUCAGUGUCCAGCUCCUGAGAUCCACAGGGUAAGAUCACGAGUUAAACAUGCAUGCAUGGAGGCUACAAGUGUUUGCAUUCAUCCUCCAGCACACUCCUUUGCCUCCGGGCUCUAUUUUCAGGCUAUAAAAUGGUGAAUCAUGGGGUCACUCACAUGGUGCAGAGCCCCCGUGCCCUAUCUGUCCAGUGUCAGCUGCUGAGGGAGUGUUUGAAUGGAGUCUCAUUAAAGCGGUUCGCUCGGUAAUAACACUAACAUUCACUUAGCCGCAGCCCUCAGGGGACACAUGGGAGCCGAUCUGCAAUCACUCAGGAGGCCCUGGGAACACCUUCUGCCCUGUGUAACUACAGUAUCUGUGGAAAGCUAUACGUGAAGGGCUCUUUGUGUGGAAAGCCACAUCAACUCAGAAAAGAAAGCAAACAAGAAACCAUGAGGGGUUUUAGAUCUGUGACCACAAUAAGAGCAAAACCGCAGCACUAAGAAGGAAUAACAAAAUGUUUAUCUAGCAUAGGAUCUGACUGCGGUCAUGUCACAGUGGUCAUCUUAAUUACCUGUCAGGACCUGUUUACAGAGCUCAUUUACAUAAUCGUAUUCAUUUGUUCAUCCAGCUGGAAUGGGAAAGUGUUUCGAUGCAUCUUCUCUUUCUCCUGUUACUGUAUGCCUCUAUCAGCAUAGCCACGGUAGGCGGUCAUGGGAAGCACGGCUCACAUGAGACCCAGUCGGCCUGAACUUCCUGUAGAUAAAACCUGGUCAGCCCAGGAGAAUAAGCAAGCAGAACAAAGCAGGCAAACACACACACACAAACACACACUCACACAGGCAAACUGUGCGUCACACAAAUAGGCCAUAUUGAAGCAUUCACGAUCAUCCCUCUUUCUUUGUAGCUGUCAGCGUAGUGUGACUAACAGGAUGCUCUGUGAGAGUCAAACUUGUGUGGACUUCUUAUGCGACUGAAGUUAGCUGGGUUGGGAUGCCUUUUUUGCGUGGGUUGACCAUUGUUGUAGUGCUCUCUCUCUCUCUCUCUCCCCUCCCUCUCCCUCUCCCUCUCUCUCUCUUACACACACACACACACUCACUCACUCACUCCCACUGGCUUUCUCAGGAGAGCGGGCUGCGGAAAGGAUACUGGGGCUGUGGUUCUGUGGGGUGUAUGAUGCAACGCUUUGGCAGCCAUGUUUUCCCAGAGAAUCCACGGGGGUUUGAGCCCCAGUUCUCCGGCUUACGGAGGAAAAAGAUCAGCUCUCCGUAAACAUUCGCACACACACAGCUGGCAGACGCUCUUUGUGUUAAAGUCUAAGUGACUGUGUGAACACUAUUGAUAAUUGUGUGCGUUUUUCUUGCUCUGCUUUGUCACAUACAAUCUCUAUUACAAUAUAGUGGCACCUAAAAUAUCAAUAUGAUGUAGGAGGGUUUCAUUACUCCUUUAACUUUGCCACACACACCAUCUAAUUGUGAAGGAUGUUCCUAAUUCAAUGCAGUGACGUAAGACAAUGGAGACAUUUAUUAUCUCUACGGGCCGUAUUCUCAUGUUGAGCCGUGUGGGCCAGUCCCCCCGUUUAAAAUAACAUUGAUUAAGGCUGCUUUGGCGACGAAAACAGGAACUGCCAAACAUAGUUUAUCCACGACUUGAAAAGAUAGGGAGAACAGAGGGAUCUGGCUGAGAUGUGAAUGGUCUGGGAGAGAGGAUGGAGAGCUAUUUGGACAGAGAAAGGGCGGAGAAGGGUACAGUAUAGUGAGAAGCCUUUUCCUGUUUUUGUCCUCAUGUCCUUCUUGAUUAGUGUGAUGCAGGAGAGCUAGAGUGAGGAGAGGAAGAUGAAAGCUCUGGCCUCUGAGCGAUCCAUCCAGAACAAAAAAAAGAAAAAAAAAAAAACAAAGCAUACAACAACAUAUGGGUUUUAUAAAUUUAGGCGGUAUUUUUUCUUCAGGUUGCUGCGACACAUUCGGAGUGUUUUUGAUUGAAAUAAAGAGAUGUGGAAUAAAUCAAACACAUUUAAUGGCUUCGACAUUCUUGGUAGAUUUUUUUUUUUUUGCAGGCACAUUCACACCGUGUGAUCUCCCUGGAGGCCUGGCAGAGUUUCUGCUGUAAAUCAAGACUCACAGACUUGUAAGAGGUGUAAAUGAACAGCAUGCCAGCUGAUGUUGAUGUCAGUGCUCAACAGCACCACAGAGACACACUCGGCGCUAUAAGAUGCAAAGUGAUAAUAAAUAACUCUGCUUACUGCUGAGCUCUGGCCGCUUUCAUGUGCAUGUCUGACAUGCCUGUGCAUAGGUGUUCAAACGUAGAUUUAUGUUGUGUAAGGGUAUGAAAGAAUGGGGGUAUAUGUUUUUGUUAAGGGAAGUGGUAGAUGUGGCAGAAGGUGGUAGCACUUAAUAUCCAAGAGCUUAAUAUAACUAUAAAAAACAUCUGCAUCACUUCCUGUGGGGUAGAUCCCACAGAAAUAGUGCAAGUAAUGGUUUGGUUUCCAGUAGUUUGUUUUCACAUGAUAUUAAAAGUAAUACGCUCUUUCUUUACUCAGCCACAUCCCCCCUUUUUAGCUGGGAAAUAUAUGGUUUAUUUAUUCCUGCUGUCACUCUUGCGGGCUUCAAAUAAUCUGAAUGCAGAGCCAAGCCUUGUACUCUCACCUAGACCAAACAGAAGUGCUGUUUUCAUUCUUAAGCUUGGUGUCUGAUAGAGCCGGAGCCGGACUAAUAACGCAGAGGGGUCACACUGACCUCGGCGCAGUGAGGGGGUCAUUCAGAAAAGCACGCACACUGCUGGGCUAGCUAUGCUACAGUGGCAAGAUGAGGGUAGAUUGCUUCUGUCUGGGCAACAGAGAUGCUAUCUGAAAAAGCUGCGUUUCCGUGGUGAUUGGAGAGGUGACAGUCCUCUCCUUUUCUUUCCGGUGCUCCCUGAGUGGAAAGUUAAGGGACCAAAGGCGAGGGCUGAAAUGAUGCAUGAGAGUGUGCCUGUGAACAACAGCAGAAAUGGGGCUAAGGAAUUUGACAGAGCAGACGCAGGAAAACAGAUGAAAGGGAGUAGCAAUGUGCAUUAAUUCCCCUGUUGAGGCUUUGCUCUCUCACCACCACCAUCAGCAUUCACUCUCCCCUCGACACUCAGUUCCCUAAAUUGCCUCCCCACUCAUCCACCUUUCUGCUGUGCUCUCCACCUCGCCUCUCCAGCCCCUCUCUCUCUCUCACUCCGCCUGUCUCUUGUGGGAUGUGAAGGGGGCUCUUAGCCUGCUCUUUAUUUGCAUGUGCUGUAGAGGAUUAGAGGCUGAAGAGUCUCAGACUGGCACAGUUAAGAGUCUCCUUUGUGUGUGUGUGUGGGUUUGCGUUUGUGCGUACCUAAACUGUGUGUCUAUUCUAUUAGAUCACAGUCUUCAAUAGAAGUACACUUACACAGGCCACUUGUCCUUAUCUCCCCAUGUGUCACACUCCAUGUCAACAUCAGAGGCACCAUCUCCAUUCUCUUAAUUCUCUGUCACGUUUAUUACCAGCCGUCUUUAGUGGAACAGUUUUAGGGUGGUAAUCUCCAGAUGAGCUUUGAUUCAUUGUUCAUAUUACAGAGAGGUUUUUUUUCAGAGGCUUUUGUCUCCCGCUGCUCAUUACAUCCCUUUGUCUUUGUCAGAUUUUCCCCCUGAGGGGUCCAGUGGAGGGAGGCACCCUGCUGACGAUACAGGGCAGGAACCUGGGCCGGAGGGCUGAAGCAGUAAAGGUCUCGAUUGGAGAUGUGCCAUGUACCAUCCUGCCUGAGCUCUACACAGUCUCCGUAGAGUGAGUACUAUAACAUAUGGUCGCAUAAUGAUCCACACAUUUGCACAUAAAGGCGUAUGUCAACUGGGCACCAGUGUUUGCCUAAGCAUAGCAGUGAGCAAGAAUAAUUUGUUUAAUUAUUCCUGGGCCUUAAUUGAUUACAUUUUACCACAGCUGUAGGUAAUAUUAUGAAUAUAAUUCCUGUUUAAAAUCCUGAUAGAAUAUACAAUAAUGCUGUAGCUGGGAUUGUUGAGAGCACAGCUGAGAGUAAACAGUUAUAAUAGUAACCAGACGCACCUUCGUGUUAGUGACUGGACAGCGGGCAGAGUGAGGGAACAAGGGGAGCCUUGUCACAGUUAAUAAACCUAAAAUAAAUCCUGUCAUGAGCGUUUCAGCCCUGAACACAGUGUGCGACCAAGACUAAACUGAAGAAUACCAAAGACUUCACGGUCAGAUCUACCUGACUUGUUUUUAAAAUGGAUGGAGGAAGUUUGCCGACUUAAACUGAAAAGGGAUAAAUAUGACUGAGAGGCGUGCGUAAUACUUACAGUUUAGGAGCUAUCAUCUUUUGAAAGGGUCUCAGCACCAUUUAAAGCCUCUUUUACUCAUGUCCAGUCUCUGGUUCUAUAGGGAUCAGCAAAUAGCAGCAUUGUUUUUUGCUAAUAACUAAACACUAACACGAGCAUUAGCUUGCUGGCAAUGAUUUUAUCAAGUCCAAACUAGCUAGCUCUAGCAUUUCACUUUUCUGGACAGAUGUCCGCCCAUGUCCCUACAUCCAUUUCUUCGUAUUACCUGGAGUGUAACAUGGUGCAUAAGUCGCACUGCUAUUGCUUUUACUGUUAAACAGUUAAUUGCAAAACACACAUAUGUACUUCAGGUCUCUUUCAGCAUCCUGGCAGGAACAGUUGUUGAACAAGACCGCUCUUGACCACACGUGUAGGUGAACACAUAUUACAGCUCUUGCUUGGAAAUGAAUGUGUUAAACAGACUCCAUAACAAAACUAAAAUCAAUUUUAAAAAGCCUGUAAGGAUAAAGUUAAAUAACUAAAGGCAUGGUUGACGAUCUAAGAAGCAGUUUGAAGCUGAGAAGCGCCCCACCCCUCACACACAAACCUCUCCCGUCUGUGCUCCACGAUAACUCCCCCCCUGAACCUGUAUCGCCCUCCCCACGACACACCCCCUCUGGCAAAGCAAGGCAGAAGAUCCUACGCUAGCAUCAAAUAGGAUUCACCAUGUCCGAUUGCUAGUGACUAGCGGCAGUAAACGCCAGCUCUGCUAGCGAGCACCGUCUGCAAGUGCCUGGACAGCCACAUGUGCCACGAUAAAAGGCAAAAAUUACCUGUAAUAAAAACUUUGCUGUUUCUGCGUCUGUUUUCAAGCCCAAAUCCUGGUUGAGCUUUUGCCACCACUCGAAGAAUGACCUGAUGUUUAUUCAAGUUAGAUUCCUUGCUUGGUCGCAUUUCCUCUUCAUCUCUGCUCUUUCUUCUGUCGGCUUGCAUUUUCUUAGCACUUUUGGUGGUGGGACAAGAAGAAGUGUUUUUUUUUUCCAUCCCUCUCCAUCACAGCUGCUGUAGCUAAGCUGCUACGCUACUUUUAGCCACUCCGAACUCCGAGGACGGCCAGGAGAGUGGGAGGGGACGAGUUGUUUUUCCAUUCUUUUUUUUUUUUUCGCUUUGUGGAGAUCGCACUAUAGGACUAUGAUCACAUAUAAACCAGGUUCAUAAUAAUUACCAAUUUCUCCAAUCGUCAACCAUGCCUUUAAGUCUCCUCCCCUAUUUUGCAAGUCCUGUUACAGUCAGCUAGUUGGGUUUCGGACUGUCACAUCACUGGUGGCAGUAUCAAAAGUCAAACCAAACUGCUUUGUUUGAUUAUCAGUAAUGAAGGCAUGUAAGGAAGGGAAUUAGGGACACAGACUUAUCUUUUUACUGUCGAGUGUGUGUUUUUAAAAGUUAUCAAAGCUUUGAACAAAACUCAACAAAGAUACUAAGAAAAAUAACAGAAAAUAAUGAAUAAAUUCAUAUAUUGGUCCCUGACCGUCUGCUCUUUUCAAUAAUAUCAAUCUUCAGUACACAUUAAUGUGAAGUAAAUGGUUCACCUCUGUUUCCUACAGGCUUUGGUAUUGUAACUAGUUAUAUAUUUAGAAGAAAAAAUAAAAUAAGUCACAAAGAGAUCAGACACUUUUGUGUUUCCACUGUGGGGAAUCUUUUUUCCAGCUUAUUUCCUCAGACAGAUGACAAUGAACACUACCCAAAAGAAAAAAAAGUAAUACACUUGCAAUAUAACCAUAAAAAGCCAUUUAGAAAAUGAUUAAAAGCUGAAAGGUAGCACAGCUUUAAACCACCUCUGAAUAUGUUCAAUAAAAAAUCUUCCUCCCUCAAAUUAUAUGCUGCUUACUUGUCCACCAGUAAAUAGAACAUCAGCCAUCCCUGCAUAGUUUCCUUUUCAUGCAUUCAUGAGGCUAAUUUUCACAAAUAUUAUUAUGCAGCACACUUCUCAUUUUAAGUGACUCCGCCGCCAUCCCUCUGUAGCUCAGGGACCAUCACACUGUCACCAUGGAGACAGCAGGACCCCGUGUUGACACCGGCAUAACAGAGCUCAGAGGAAGUCAGUAACUCAACAGUUACAUCCAAACUUCUAUUCAGUAUCUGUAAUGUCCCUUGAAUGGAACUGUUUAUCUGGUCUUGCUCCACUGAAGCCAAUCAUUGUAUUAAGACCAGUUGGAGGGUGACCUGUAGGUCUUACCUGUCACUCCAGCUGCCUGACACAUUCCCAAAAAACCCCACAUAUCCAAAACAGCGAAUCGCAUUUCACUCUUGGGGUGUUCUCGUUUCAUGUCGUCAUUCCUCAUUGGCUCCUGAGGCUGGUUGUUAUGACAGCGAAGCAUAUCCUGGUGGCUGGUAGAGGCACUGACAAAUCAUGUCAGUGCCUCUGACAUUGUCAGCACAUUUGACUUGCAAACACACACACAUGAAUGCACCUGCAUGUUUAUGUUUCUCCUUGUGGGGACCUUCUGCAGAUUUGAUUAAAUGUGAUCUCAUCUCAUCCUGUUAACUUAAACCCCUUACAUUUAAUCUUACCCUGCUUUAUCGGAAAAAAUCUGCAUCUAAUUAUCCAUAAUAUGUACGAUGCAUCCUCGUUGCGAAGAUCUAAACUCUUGAAGAAAUGCCAUUCAAACGCACUCCACUUGACAAACACACUUAUGCCUGUGACCUCAUUUACGGGGACUGUUGAGACAGGUGUCUGCUCGUGCGCUGAAAGGUGAAAGUUCACAUCUGUGUGCCAAAAGAAAAAUGUGCAGCAGUGGAGAGACGGCGCUCAACUCACCCGGUGUCAACAUUUUAAUUAAUGGCACAGUCAGUCCAGACACACCUCAUUUACUGGAGCACUUAAAGCCCAGGUCCUCCAUACUGCCCUCUCAUUCAUUUUAAUACACGCCUUGAGUGGCCUAGGCCCUGUCCAUUUAGCUGCUCCGUACACAACCCUCACAUCCAAACACACACAGACCUGAUUACCGCUGAUGCUUAUCGCCCACUCAAGGGAAAUGAUCAGGAACAUCUUUAAAAACAGACAAAAUACUGCCCUCUGAAACCCGUAAUAUCAUCACUGUGGGGCGUUGCUGGAAUGUGGAGCAGGGGUCAGAUCAGGCUCCGUCUGUGGUAUCUGUGUCCUUUGACGGAGCAUCAACAUCACACACAGUUUACAAACUCACAUAUACACACAUCGGGUCUAUUAAAGUCCUCAAAAGUAUGGGAUCUGGUUUCCUGAAAUGGCUCUGUGAGUAUCAGAAAGUCUCAAAUUGCCUUGAUAAAAGUGUUUUUAUAUCUGAGGGGAGUAAUCAGACACUAUUAGAUUAUAGAUUUUUCAAACAUGACACAAUUUUCAACUAAAACAAGGAUUAUUGCAGCAGCAAAUUGGGGGUAAAGAGUGUCAUUUAGGGAUAUUAGACCUACUGCGUGGACCAGCACUAAAGCCAAAACAAAGCCAAAAUAAACAGGAGUAAUAUUAAAAUUACACAGACUUUAAUUAACUACAGGUUAUUGGUUUAAACAGAGUAAUUUUCAAGUAUUUUUUAAGUGCUAAGUUUAAAAGAGUAGAAGUUUUAAUAUCAGUUAAUUAUCAGUUAGCAAAGAGGACAUGUCUUUUAAUAUGAUAAUUAUUCAUAGAUCAGAUUUUACUCACCAGAUUCACCAGAGGACCCCCCUUGCUGAAGAGUACUGAUAAUACAGAACGGCAGUGACCAUGUCAUUCAUAUAUGGUGUCAGCAUUAAUAUAAUGUUAAUAUAGUGGUGAAACUUGUCGUCUUUACAACUAAAACAUCUUAAAUCCAACCCUGCAGAAACCCUGACACACUAAUCCAAAUGCUGGAGGGCAAACUCACUGCAGUCGACAAGAAACAUUGGUUUUAUGAUUUUUUUUUUGCACAGGAAAAUCCUUAACAUAAUGUUUCAAAGCCACAUAUAACACACUGUGAUGUAUUGUUGUGGUAUCACUUUGAUUUGUAGACUGAGUCCACUUAAGCCUGAAGCUACCCUACAGGCUCAGAUUGAUUUUCUCCAAUUUUCUGAUGAUUUCCCCCAGGCGCAAAUGCCUGAAUAGUCGUGUUUCAUUUUAUUUAUCCUCCCCUCCUCUUUCUUUUCUAAAUCAGUCUAUGUAAAAUGAUAGAUUUUCUUCAGACAGGUGUGCUUCUGCCCCAGUGGCACGUAACUGACAGGAGUGUAAUUUGGGUGUAACAACAUGCUUUACCUGAUGAGAAGAAAAACAGACCCUGCUAUCAGAUGAUGGCUGGGACUGCAAGUUAUUUUUGGACCAUUUUUUCAGGCUUACUCAGAUAAUUUGUAGUUUAACUUCAGGUUUUGUUGUUUCGGGAGGGAUUUAGUAUAAAUAACAAAGUUCCUACACAGCUGUAAUUUCCAUACUUUUCCAUAUUCUACUUUUUAGAAUUAUUUUUGGAAAUAACUUACAUUUCUAUUUUAGAAAACAAUAUUUUAGAACUGUGGCAAUAGUCUCGAAACAUGAAUAUUUUCCAUACUUAAGACCUGAAAAUUGAUCAAAUUUAUUUCCAUACUUUUCCUUACUUUCCAUACUUGCAGAGGAACCCUGAAGUAUUAUCGAGAAAACAUACAGAUCUUUCUCUUUCACUGGUCUUAAACUUGACAAUCUGACCCCAAAUCUGCCACAGCUUCAUCACAUGUCCCGCCAGGACCGCUUACAUUAUUACGGCUACUUGCUUAUGUAAAUUCCCCACAAUCCCUCUGCCAAUCAUCCGAUCACUUGCUGAGAAUGUCUAACCACUGCAGCACCAGGCACCUGACUAAAUAAACCGACAGGGUGUCAAGCUGGAGGGGGAUCGUGUGAGGUGUUAAAGGUUGUCUUUCCCCCCGUAGUACUUUUAUCCCGGCAAGGCCUCAGAACAGUAGAUCCCUGUGCCUCGGUACACUGCCGUGUCAUUAAUAUGAGACGUCCCUGUAGAGCGCGCUCUGAUGACAUGAGGUUUAAUCACAGCCAGAAGGCUGGAGAACAAGCCUCAGCAGCCCCUUAAUCUCCUCUGUGGUUUAGCACAUCUGGUCUGAGAGGGCUUUGAACUUUACAUCUCCUGAUAUAGCUGAUAUCUCAAGGCUUUAUUGGAUUCCACAUGUAAAUGCAUUAAGGCUUGAUGAAUUGGUUCAUAACCACCAUCCUCUUUGAUUAAUAACGAGUCUUCGUCUGGCGGCCAUGAUCAAGAUCUGGUUCCUUUCGUUUUGCAUUUUGAGUUGAAAAGCCCCCCUUUUUAAUUAAGAGUUAAUUAAAAUAAUAACCUGCAUAUAUGUGUUUACUUAUCUGCUAUUUCUGUUUUUAUCAAAUGAUCUUUUAUUAAAAUGCUCUGACAAUCAAACAGGGAGGUCUCACUCUUUUUUAAUUUCCCAGGUUGCUUUGUAUCACCGGAAGGUCCGUCGAGAAGACAGACACUGUCCUGGUGGAUGUUGAUCAGAGCGGGAUAGGGACUUCCAAAGAGAGCUUCUCAUACUUGGUGAGUGUUCUCCAGACAUCUAACCUCCUGCUGUCCGUCUCACCCUUUGCGUUCUUCUUCAUCUUUACUCUCUUGUUCCUCAUUCCCCACUGGGAAAGCCCUCCCAUGUGUGCUGGUUGAGUGUUAACAGAUGCGUUUUAUGAUUCUCAGGAAUGAGAAUGUGUGGGAAUCUUCAAACGUUUAUCUGAACAGCAAACUGAGCGCUAUUGUCGUCCUGCACUCGCUGCCAGCAAAAACAAAUAUGGCGAUUGUUGGAAUGUCCCUCUGCUGUGGAUUCAUGUCUGGGCCGGACGAGCUAGCCAGUAUUGUGUUAAUGGACCUCAACCCACACUCUCCCAUUGGAGUGAGAGUAUUCAGCCGGUGGAAAUGCACAUGUUAGCCUUUUGUUUCCUUUGUUUAUAGACAAAGGGUUUUUUGUAUCAGGGCUGGAACGGUCAAUAAUUUCUGCAGCUCCUAAGAGUACCUCUGUUUGUGAGUCACCCUACAGAGAAAUCACUCUGAUCUUAAAACCCCGCUUUGAAACAAAAGAAUGGACAAAGUCCAAAAGUCCUCUUGAGCUUCUCUAUUUGAGGUUUUUCGCAGGUUGUUGAGAGGAAAACGUUGAAGAAAGGGAAAACAGUUUUGCAGGCAGGAUAUGCGCUUCUUCUGCAUCUCCUUCCUCAAACCUUUAGACGGAAACAUCUGCCUCCUUGCACCUACCCUUAGACCAGAACACACAAUAGGUCUCCUCCAUGCUGCACACUGAGGAAGUGAAUCCUGUCAGCGAGGAUAAGAGGUUUCCCUUGAGGCAAAGUUCACUGCGGGGAUAGAAAGUUUGGUAAGAGUAGGAAUGCUGAUGCUGGUAGCUGAAGAUUUUGAUGAGGAUAUUCAUCUUUGCCUGAGGAGCUUUUAUGCAUGUGCAUGUAUGCAUCGGUAUUUGUGUGCAAGUGCAUUUAUGACAAUGCGUACAUGUAUUUUUUCAUACUUUUUUCCUGCAGCAUUUCUAUCAUGCAAGAUGGGACCUAAAGACUUGUUGGUUUGAGCUGCAUUUUAACAUUCCUCAGCACGGCCCGUCUUUGCAGUUUUUCUCCACUAAUUUACUCAUGUAGUCAGCAGCUGUCUCAGCUGAUCUUUAAAGACCGCAGAUUUGAGCCUCAAAGGAUGAGGAAAGAUUUUAUUGGUGUCAAGAAAGGCAUCAAAGAUCACAAAACACAUUUUGAGUAAGCCUGUCUUUUAUAGUGACAGAAGCUGUCAGACGUCUGAUGAUAAAUUCAAGAACUUGUUAGUCAUGUGCUGGAUCUCUUGUCUGUAUUCAGGAACCAAAACUGUUUUCCAUGGAGCCAAGCAAGGGAUCUCGUGCUGGGGGAACUCGAGUGAUAAUCAUGGGGGAAAACCUGGACAUCGGCUCAGAGAUCAGAGUCAUGAUCAACAACACGCUGCAGUGUACCAUCACAGAGUGAGUGCUUUUCUGAGUCCCCCUGAAGUCUCUCAUGCAAGCCCAGGUCAAGUUAAUACUUGUUUUUUUCCAUACUUAGCACCAAGUGCUGGAAAUGCGUGGACCUAAUGAUUAAAUAUUCAACAGCUGUGGGGCCUUGUGGGGCUGUGCAAGGCCUGCAUGAAGAUUUCCCUUUGCAGAACAUCAAAAAGUCUUUUCUCGGUUAGGUUUAGUUAAGUUACAAGUCUUCAUUUUUCUGACUUAAGCCUGACUCAGGUCCAAGUUUCAUGUUUGAAGUCAGCAGCUUCCUGUUGCUACAGAAUUAUGUAUAACUAAUAAGCUCUUACGCAGAAAUAUGCCAAACUGCAAUAAAGAUUACUUUGAUUUUUAUUGGAGAUGCUUUCGUAAACCAAACAAGAUGUGCGGAAACAAUCGAUGUUUACCUCCUCUUUUAAGGAAAACAGAUGAAACCAUCGAGUGCACCAUGCCUCCAGCCUUGCAGCCCCACACCGAGUCAGUGUCAGUGUGUGUGGAGUUUGAAAACCUUCCCUGUCAAAGUGCCGAGCUCAGCGCCACAUACACAUACGAGAAGAACCCCACCAUCAGCUUCAUCCACCCCAAAAAGAGCUUCCUGAGGUACGUCAACUGCAACACACAAACAACAAGCAGUAAAAACCCAAAUCUCUGAAACAUCAUAAGCUGGAUGACUCUGCGGUUUCCCACCCAGAGCCUCUGACAUAAGUCAUUACCGUAAUGUCAUCCUGAUGUGCUGCGUUUUCUCCCUAUUGUGUGUUAAAUAGCUCCGCAUGUGUGUGACAGGGCAGCAGCGUGUCUUUGAUGACAUGUGUGGGGAUUUUCGCUGCAGUCGAACUGCUUUGCAUUAUUAUCUGGUCCCCUGUUUCGCUGGUGUUUUGGUGCAGUUUCCCUAAAGUAUUAACAUACCAGCAGGAAUCUGAUGUAUCUUUGUCACGGCUGAGAUUUGACACUCUCUUUUUUGUGUUUUUGUGUUUAUGUUUGGUGUGUAUGUGUGUGUCACAGUGGUGGCAGGACCAUCACAGUGACAGGCCAGGGUUUUGAUCUGGUGCAAAGUGUCACCAUGCAGGUGCUGGGAGUUGGACAAACAGUAAGUAAUCAGAUGACUUUUUCUUUUAGCUUGAUACAACUGUUUUGGACCCUUUUUCAUCGGUAUGUGGGGAUUUAUAAAGCAGGAGAACAGAAAUGAAAAGUGUUUGCACUUCAGACUGUUGGAUAUCUUGGGGGUUAUGCUGAUUAGCUCUCUUGCAGAGCGUAGGGAACUCCUGUUUUUCCUUUUUAUUUUCAACCACUGGUUGUAUUGCUUAGCUUAGCAUGGAGAUUGAAUUUGGCAUGGAUACAGGUAGUCUCACUCUGCUCAAGGGACAGAAAGGUAAACAAAAAAGGCUUCUCCAAUAAUUCCUUUUUAAAGAUUUCCAUAAAUUCAAACAAUAUCUAAACUCUGAGAGGGAAACAUUCGACUGAUUAACAAAGAUAAACUUAUUGACAGUUUGAAGUUACUAAUUUGCAGUUAGAUCAUGUCUUUAACCAGGUGAUGCAUUUUGAUUUUAUCUCCUGUCAUCCUUCCUCAGCACUGCACAGUGGUCUCCUCCACCAUGAUCACCUGUCCAUCCCACCCCUCCAGUCAGUCCCAAGAGACCUCAGUGCAGUUCUUCCUCAAUGAAGUCCCAUACAUGGGUGACAAUCCUUCCUACCCUGACGGUGAGUUGGACGAAGAGGAGGGGGAGCCUCACAGAGAUCACUUCGCGUUGGAGUACGUGGAGGACCCUCAGUUUUUCACCGCCAACAAGGAGAAGCUGAUUAAACACCAUCCAGGAGAACCACUGACACUCAUCAUCAACGUGAGUGACACUGCUGAGACAGGGAGUCAGUUCAGAUAAGUGCUGUGCUGUUAUGUCAGCUUCUCGAUAAGCAAAGCAAACGUUCAGCUUCAGUGAGUCCAUAUAGUACAUAGUCGGCUGAAAAGUAUAGAACAAGGGGUUUUAAUGAUAGAUGCUACAGUUCAAGUUCAAGAGUACACUCAACCCAGCUGUGUAGCAAUAGAUUUUCAUUAAGAUUAAGAGUAUAAAGCCACACUCGGUGUUUGUUGGCAGUGUGAUACUGUUGCCAAGAAACAUGUCCAGAUUUUUUUUUAUUGGGAUGUAUUUGAAAAGGUAGCAUGAGCACAUAAAUGUUCAAACACACAAAAACAAACAACAUUCCAGUACCCAUUCUGUUUCCACUUAUCACAUUAACUUAAACUGCUAUCAACAAAAUAUUACACACAUUUCAUUUGUGUAGUGUCAACGCAUCAAUGUUGCAAGGACUCAAAAUUAUUUAAUUCAAAAAGAAAAGUGCAUCAUUUUAAUCUCAGAAUACGCUACAAGCAGCAUGUUUUCACACAAAUCCUGUUUCUGACAUGGUUUUAGUGCAGCUAUAGUCAGAUUUCAGUGUAGGUCAUUGCCAACCCAUCUACUACUCUUGACACGCCCUAAGUAUUAGCUGUUAUAAUCACAUGAUUGUAGUUGCACUGGAUAAGAAGCAUGAGCAUCACCAGAAGAUGAUUCAUCAACUGGGUGAAAUUAGUAACAAAAAAACAAAAACAAAAAAAAAAAACAAUGGUAGAUUUAUUGAUAUAGCACCUUUUAAAAACAAGCCGUUCAAAAAAAAAAAAAAAGGCAAAAAGCAAAAGAAGCCAAAAUAAUAGCCCAGACCACAGGUGAAAAACUUAAACCCAGAAAAAAUGAGAAAACUAAAAAACAAACAAACAAAAAAAUACAGAAAAGAAAGUAAAAGCAGUGGAGAAAAUUAAUGAAACAGGAAAAGAUAAAAGUAAAAAAGAAGAGGUAAUUGUAUUUUUUUGAAGCAAAAGCUAAAAAACCUAGAGCUAUUAAACAAAGUGCAGAAACAACAGUUAAAGUAGGCAAAAGCAACAAAAUAAAAUAAAAGCAUCAUAGUCAAAAUAAACAGAGCAGUAAAAGGAGAUUUAAUGGGUGGCAAAACCAUAGGAAUACUUUUAUAGAAUAAUAAUGAAAGUUUUAUAGACACUUAGAAAGUCAGGUAUGAUAAAAUGUAAGGUAUUAUAAAAGAGAUAAUACAGGAUAAAAGAAAAAGAUGAGCAAAAAGGAGAAAAGAUGACACCACAUUAAAGCACUUUUUAAAAAGUGAGUUUAAACUAGUGAUCUAAAAAAAUGUCACUCACUCUGCACAUCUUUCUCCUCUGGCAGGUCAAUCCAGUGCAGUCAGUGAGGAACUAUCAAAUAAUAGUUACCACAAAGACAUUUCUUGUCAGAGCCAGAUGAUAGUGUCAGGAAACUACAAUUGAACUGCCUACAACUAAUUGUCUUUAAUCUGGGCUUUCAAAUACACACAUCCAUAUAGUGAUGAGAACAAGUGACGGUGUUUUCUAAAGGCUGCUUGUUUCCUGGCUAAAUAUAACACCACUGCUGUUCACUGACUGCCCCCACUGUGAGCAAGAGAAAAGGCUGAGCGUUCCUUUAUUCAUAUUCACAUAAACCAGAGGCACAUAAAACACAUCAAAGGCAUGGUCUGCUCAAACGUGUUGAUUCCUGUUAGGGGGUCUGUCAGGGGGGGGAAGCCACUGUGGCAGCUCAGUGGGAGGUCCCAUGUUCCUGCGUCCUGACUGAUCAAGGCACCUGUCUGCACGGAUUCAUCACCCUAAAGGCCUGCUGGCUGUACGACAUGCACACGCUAAGAGCAGGGACAGGGGAGUUUGAACCCGGUGCAGCUUCCUCUUGAUGUGUUUGUGUGUCAGGAAGAGGCCCCUGCAGGAAUCGCUGCCUCAGCCCUGUCUACAUGAGCCACUCGUCUGUUGUUUCCUGUUUUCUUUUGGAAGGUGGAUUCCACUUGUGGUGGACCUGAAGGGGGGAGAGAGUCUGGAGACUGAAUGUGUGUGUUUGCUUCAUAGGGAGCUUGUUAGUCAGCCAGAUCCUAUAUUAAGGACUUGAGCUGGAAUGUGGGUGGGUUUUGUUUGCUUUCAUCCUGUCUUGGCCUUAAGAAUCCCUUGUUUUGGUCCAGUGAGCUAAGUGUGAAAAUGUUGUGUUGUGUUUGAGGGUUAAACUGUUUAUUUUACAAUAUGCUCAAUAUUGAAAACAAACUGUACAUUACUUGGUUAAUUUGGGGCAAUGUGCGUCUUUAUGUUUGUAUGUAUAUGUGUAUGUGAGUGUGUUUAGUCUGUGCUAGGAAGCAUUUGUUGACAGAGACCCAGGGGGUGGCAUCCUGCUGUAGGGACAGGACAGGGCCCUGAGGGUGUAAUCAAAGUAAGGAAGCACACUGGGGAUAAACACACACACACUUAGACACACACAAACACACACACUUCCUCACUUUUCAUCCUUAUAGCAAAGGGAAACCGCAGCUCACACCAAUUAUUUCUUACAUUUUAAAGUUUAGGCCAUCAUUCUGUAUGUAAAUUGGAAUAUGAUACGCACCAUUUUGUAUUUGAAUUUGUUUAUUUUAUUUAUUUAGCACAGAUUAAAAAUAGUGGAAGGAGGGAACGAAGCCAAUAGUGAAGGCAUAGGGUGCAGACGACAAAGUAACUCGGACAUAGACAGGUUUUAAAUAUACAAUGAUUAGGGAAAGGUGAAAACAUACACAAAUUGCCAUAAAUAGAACAUAGACAAAUCAUCAAACAGUGAUAGAGACAAUAUAAGUAUAAAUAAAAAGCAAAGAAACAUAAUCAUAACAAAUAAUGAUGCGUUUAAGACAUGAUCAGAUGAAAUUUUUGUGAUAUUUUUAAGGAGUUGAGGGAUGAUAUUGAUUUUAGAGAUGCAUCCAGAUUAUUCCAUAGUUUUGGUCCUCUAAAAGUGAUGUUCGACUGAUAAUAAUAAUAAUAAUAAUUCAUUUUAUUUGGAGCGCCUUUCAUGUCACUCAAGGACACUUUACAGAGCAUAUAAAACAAUGAUAACAGCACACUAUUAACAAUUAAAAUCAUCAAUCAUCAAAAUAGUUAAAAUCAACAAAGCAGCAUAAACAACAGCAAAAGAAUAAAUAAAGAAAUAAAUAAUACCAAUUAAAAUUAGAUUAAAAGAGUGAGUUAGGGGUGGUGGGAUGGAUAGGCCAGUUUAAACAGGUGUGUCUUGAGUUUGGAUUUGAAGAGAGGGAGGGAGUCUAUGUUGUGGAUGUGUGAUGGUAAAGAGUUCCUGAGUCGGGGGGCAGAGCGACUGAAAGCUCUGCCCCCCAUGGUGCUGAGGUGAACAGGGGGCACAGUGAGGUGGAGAGAGGAAGAGGAUUGGAGGCGGCGUGAUGGAGUGGCGAUGUGGAGGAGGUCAGACAGGUAAGUAGGGGCGAGGUUGUGGAUGGCUUUAAAGGUAUACAGGAGGAUUUUGAACUGGGUUCUAAGUGGGACCGGGAGCCAGUGGAGCUGCUGCAGGAUGGGGGUGAUGUGAAGUUCGACAGGAAGGUAACUGAAGAUGGCCAUUCUGUCUUGUUGAGUACGGGUGAAGGUCGGAUGGAAAAACUUUUGGAAAGUUUCAGGAAGGUCUUGUUUGUUAUUGAUGAACUUGUGGACAAACAAACAAGAGUGAAAGACACUGAGUUUGUCAAUCGAUAAGAUGGAGUAUGCAGGAGGUUCGUGUUUGCUGAAUCGUGAUAUCAUUCUUAAGAAUCUUUUCUGGAUUAAUAAUAUUUCCUUUAGGUAAGUUGGAUAUGUUGCACACCAUACAAUAUUACAAUAGUUCAUGUAUGGAAAUAGGAAGCUAUAAAACCAUGUCGGUUACAGACCAAAAACAUGAAAAUUUGGGGUUUAAAACAAACCUCAAAUAUAUCAAGAAAGGAAAACGGAGAUGAAAUGUGAGAAUAUUACCCAGACUGUCUAUUUGAAACAGAUGUCAUCAUUUGCAGACAGAUUUCUGAAUAAAUUUCAGCAAUGUUGUUGCACCCCUCUGAUCCCAGAAAUCCCAAUAAAAUAAUACAGACUUGUCUCCUUAAAAAACAAGAGACAAAUCAAAUCCAACAAACUGUCAAACUACUGUAGAAUGAAACCGCUGCGUAUUAUUUUUAGAUAUGAUGAAGCAUGAGGAUUUAAACUGUAAAAAUUAAUCACUAAUGGAUUAAUCAUGCUUUUCUAUUAACUAUAUAUCGUGCAAUGAUGACUCCUUACCACGUUCGUCCGCCAGGACUUGAUGGAGAAAAAGUGUGUUAAAGUUACUCUGCGUUUAAAAGCGCAUUAGAGUAAUGAUCCGAGAAGUUUUUAUAGGCAGCCAGAACUUAGACGGGCUGGAGAGGUUGAAGUUCAGCUGUGCGCUGCCAGGUUAAUUGAUGAUACUACCAGUUUUAAAUAAAUGAAAAGUAAAGAGUCACUGAGACACAUCCACAGCAUUUAAUUUGUCAAUUUGUCUUUUUCUCUCUGAAGGACUGAAAUGAUCCUUUCGCAACUGUGCUUCAUCCAGUAACAGGCUUUAUUUUGACAUUUCAGCACUUGGUUUCAUAAUGUGGGAGCAAUUCCUUCUCCAACUCGAGUGGUUUUACUUGAAUGACAUGUUGCGUCAAGUAUCUCAUUCAAGUAUUACAGAGAUUUAGUUUGUCUAAAGGUCAAAUUUGAUGCAGUAGUUGCUAAAGUAUCCUGACAACAUGUUUUUAGUUAGAAGCGAGCUCCCAAAACACAGAGCCGUCCACUGUUGCAACUGUAAUUGCAUCUUUUGUUAACAAGUGCUCAAUGAAAGUGUUUCAAACUCCACACCCACAGGCUAUCUUUUAAAAAUAUUCUAACUCUGAUGCCUUCACAGUGAGAUCGGGGUCACUUUUUUAGACUUUUAGAAAGCUUGCUUUGAAACCACAGAGGACACUGUGCAACUGUUUGAUUGUUUGUGUUUGUUUUGACAUUUGUACUACAGGCUGAGUAUUCACAGUGACUCAUUGUUAGCUGAACUUAACAAGUGAAAAAACUGUUGGAGGGCUCUUUUAAUUAAAGUUAGUGUUAAGAGAGGAGGUUUGGAUUGACACAGGACCGGGGUGGUAAAAUACUGCAGCGUACUCCAACAGGCUCCUGUUAAGGCCAUGAGAAUGUUAUUUCGGGCCGAGGCAGGAAUGACUGUCAGCGGGUUUGUUUGGAGAAACUUCCAUGGCCAUGCGAGAGAGGCAGCGGGAAUGUUUGCUGCUUUAAGCUGAACUCUAGCCCAAACUAGAUGAGUUUUCUACUGGCUUCCUCUGUGUGACAGCUGUGUGACAUGCCUGUGCAGCUCAGUUUCUAUGUGUGUGUGUAGGCAAGCUGUAUAUGUGUGUGUUAAAGCUGCUCCAGUCUUUAUGAAUGUAAUCCACGCCCUAUUGAGACCAGACCGUAUCACAACUGACCAGCUGAUGGCUGUUUUUGUUUUCUAUUUUUCCUGGCGCAGAAAGGGCCGAGCGACCUGGAACUAAUGCCCGAGGAAUACUCGGUGAUGAUUGGCCCCUAUCCCUGUAACAUCAGCUUCCACAAUGACCAGCUGUUCCACUGCACCAUCAACGGGCUGCUCAGCUCCAGCGAGAGAGAGCUGCCUGUCACUGUAAGUGUAAAAGCAUGUUACACUCCACGCUAAAAUACCAGCAUAACCUUGUGUCAAAAUCACGGCUGAAUAAAACUCUUAUUAUUCCAGGGUAUCACCCGUCUGUGACACAGCGCAACAUUUAGUCAGCAUCCAGACCAUCUGUGAUGUUUAUUGAAACAGAUUUGAUCUGCACAGGUCCUUGCACAGUCACCGAUUUGUGUGCGUCUCUCCCCAUGCAUUAUGAAUGGUUUGCAGUCUCUGAGCGUUGCCACCGUGAAUCAGCAGUUUAGUGGGGGUGGCGAGCCGUCACUCUGCGACACACAGCCACAGAGAAACAAUCAAAUGUUUACCUCUUAUCCUUUAUCUCCCUAAUCCUGCAUCUGUCCGUCUAUCAUCACCUACACAAACACCUAUCUCCUCACAGCGUGAUCCAAAUCUUCUGACUCACUCUCGGUCUGUGUUUUUUGUUUUGUCUCCCGCCUUUUUUUCCAUCACAAUUAAGGGUCUUAAUCAAGACGCGGUUGAGCCCUGCAGAGUCCUGAUAAAACCAGACUUUUUCUUACCUCUGCCCACGUCCCCCAUCUGUUACAGUCCAUUCUGCUCUGUUUUGAUAGACUUUUAUUAAGAGGGGGGAAGCGUUCAUCUAUAUUUAAAUAUGAGCCAGACUGUGAGUGGUUUGCUGAAAUAGCUCUGAAACAUAUGUUAGUCUGUCUCGGUCUAUCAGCUGAGUUGCACUGUAAGAGCCAAUCCUCCACUUUGACACAGAAAUAGAUAGAGGGCUCUUCUACACCUUUUUUCUCUCUCUCCGUCUCUUUCACUCCUGGUGUACCUGUGGCUCACUCCAGCACCUACCCACCCUCCUCCUCCUCCACCUUCUCCCCCCCGGUCUGUCUCUCAGGAUGUCUGAGAAUAAACACAGGCAAUUAGCAGGGACAUAAAAGCGAGGGCAAGGGUCGAAUGAGAUGUCAUAACACAAAUGGGUGGGCCGCGUGCACGUGAAGAGUGAGGAUGAUUAGCGGGCGUAUUCGGCGGGUAAAAACAGAACGCAGAUUUGAAUAAAUGCAUACAUGUUGGGCUUUUAAAUCGCUUGUGGCCAUUUGUGUGUCUUCACUCAUUUUUGGUGGCGUGUCUAUUUUUGCAUGCCUGUGUUUUGCUUGGCUCUGAAGUGGAGCAGAGCUGCAAAAGUGGUUGUGAGGAAGUGGUAGUUUUUUUUUUGUACCCCGAGCAAACAGGAACAGGGAACAAUGGCAUUUUCCCCUCCAUUACACCAGGCUGGGCUGUUGCAGUCUCUGGAAGAAGGCCGUCUCUCCCUUGGUCUGAGAAGAUGAAUGCCUGGACCAGAAAGAGAAAGAGGGAAUGUAAAAAGAAGUAAGGGGGGUUGGUGGGCCCAGUGAGCCAGAUUCCUCCUCAGAGUAAGACCAGCGUAAGAGGGAUUUGGUGUAUGGAUUGGAGGCUUUUAUAUCUGAGGCUCUUUUUAUGAAGUAUAUUCGGAUUGGAGGGAAGGGAAGAGAGAUGUGAGGAGGGACCACAGAGACCCUGCUGACUAAUCAGAAGGCAGAAGUGAAAGUCCUUUUCUUGUCACAUCUGGGUUACUCUGAACCGGGUGACUCCUCCAGCUCGUUGCGGAGAGAGACCAUUUUUCAAACGCCGUGCUCUGUUAUUUUUUUUCCUGUGUCUGCACCUGUGUCCAUGAAAAAAAUGAUGUGUGCCGGCCUUUGUGUUCCCAUUAAGAAUCACCUACGUUAGACUGCACAAAUCUCUACACUGCAUGACAGAGAAAGCACUAAAGUGUAUGAAUGUCCUCUCACUAUCACACUUUCUGCCUCUGCCUUUGUGUUUGUCUAGAUGAUUAUAUUUCGGUACAUUAUUGCCACAACAGAUUUACAUUGUUUGUGAUACUGUUAUGCUUAUUUUGUCAGGUAAAUAACAAGGAUUAAAUUGCCUGCCAAGUAUCAGCUGAGGAUUUUUAGACAAGUGUGUGUCUCUCCUCCAACUUGAACUGCUGUUUUUUUGCACGGCUUUGGCUUAUGAUAAUUUCUGUAACAGCUCACCGAAGAAGAGUUACAACCGGAGCUUUUUUUAAAUUUUUUUAUAAAUGAACAUCCUUGAUUUGUGGAGCGUAAUCCUCGCUUGGUUUCGCGCGUCUAAAUUUUCAGUACAUGUAAUUGUGUAGUUGCAUUCAUAAAACACAAACGCUCCUUAUCUGCUAAAAUUACGGUCAUUAAAUCUGAAUUAUCUCUGAUAAAAGAACGAUCCUGUAACAGGAGACAGAGUGGAGGACAGCCACAGUUCAUGUUUGUUUUAUCUAUGUUCUGGUUAAAUACUGUUGGCUACAGUGAGGGGAGGUUUAUUGGACUUCUCGUUAUAUGAUUUAAGUGUGUUUUAACGCUCUUUAAAUAAUGAUAUAAUGGCUAUAUUAAAAUGUCCUUCAUCCCUUUUGACAGCUUCUUGUACGAUUUUAUAAAAGACUUUGGUUUUGAUUUAGAAAGGGAGUCUUUUGUGGUAGGUUUUAUUUAUAGCGCUGAAGGUGAAGAGACAGUUUUUUUAAUACUCUAUAAGGUUUUUUUUAAGAUGUUAUCUCCUUUUUCUGACAAAUUUCCUCUCAGCGGCGGCAGAAUAUUCAGAGUCCAUGUGGACUGUGUGGCAAAAAAUCUACUACAGUGAUGAAAGAGAAGCGAAUUCUUGAUCAGACAGGAAUGAAAGAAUAUGUAUGACAUGAUGAGACACAAAAGAGUAUAUAUAUAGGUAGUAAUGACAAAAAAAAAAGAUUAAUGAAUGUUGUAGGAGAUGGGUGAUGUAAAGUAAUGUGUUAUUAAUGCUUGAUUAUUUUCCUCCAGGUGCAAGUGGGUAACUUUCGUCACACCAUCGCAAAGGUCCAGCUGGGCGGCAGUGAACUGGCCAUCGUGGUGUCCAUCGUUGUGUGCUGUGUGCUGCUGCUGCUGUGCACUGUGGGUAAGUUGUGUACACUCACGUUCUCCAGCAGAUGAUGGAUGUGUGACUGCUGUAGCGACGGAUGCUCCAGAUGUGGAACAGAUAAAAGGGAUUUGGGGGUCAUAGUUUCUCUGCACUUGCUUCAUUCUUCUUCUGUGCUCAGAGCACAAAGACCUCACUGUUCCCUUCGCUGUCAACUCGAGGUGUGUGUGUGUGUGUGUGUGUGUGUGUGUGUGUGUGUGUGUGUGUGUGUGUGUGUGUGUGUGUGUGUGUGUGUGUGUGUGUGUGUGUGUGUGUGUACUUGAUUCUGUAAUCUCAGCAUGAAUGUGUGCAGGGCAGGUGUAGGGGUGAAAAUUGGUGCUACUGUUGAUGUUCACACCAUUUCCUUCAUCAGUUCUGAUCUCAGAAAUUCACAAAGCCUUUUUUUAACUUACUGAACCCUUUCUGGUUGUGACGUAGCUGUUAAAAUAAUACGUGCACAGAUUUGUUCACAAAAAGUUAAGUCUUGAAUUUCUCGGAAACUUUUUAUUUUCAUGCUCUCGCAGUCAGAUGCAUUCAUAGGAAUAUCUUCCGCAGCCUCACGGGACUUUUAGACACAUCUUAUUGAUCUGAUUUAUUUUGUUUUGAUGUACUGGAGGCUGUCAGUGGUUGAAACGUUUUGUAUAUAAAACGCAUUUUGUCUUUUUCAGCCCUUGUAGUGUACUGCACAAAGAGCCGAAGGGCGGAACGCUAUUGGCAGAAAACUCUGCUGCAAAUGGAGGAGAUGGAGUCCCAAAUCCGAGAGGAGAUCCGCAAAGGUGUGUUUACACAAGGACCCACACAUUCACAGACACGCACACACAUCCUCUCCCAUUGUAUGAGCUCUGAUAUCAGAGUGAUUCAGACCACAAAUGAUGUUUUGUGUCGAUUGACAUGAAAAAGGAGCUUGUGGGAAGAAAUAUUGACCACGUAUAUUUGUGUGUCUGUUUGCACACAUCUGUGUGUGUUUGUUGGAGUUUAUUUUUCUAGGCUGAAGUGGGAGGGUGAUACAACAGUUGACAGAUUUGUGCCUAGUAAGCGUGACUCAUGAAACACAGAGUCUGACAAAUGAUCAGUCACACGCAAGACGCUCUUAGUGGCCGCAUUGCCUCUGUUGUGUCUACCAUGUAGUAACAAGGCCUGUGUGUGCGUGCGUAUUUGUGCUUUCAGCCAUGAGUUUUUUUAGCGCACAUAUAAGUGUGUGCGUUUGUGUGAGUCUAGAGCAUUAGAGUAAAGCUGUGUGAAGGCCGUUCCACGUCUGAGCCCUCCAGAUUUAUGGCGAAGAGAUAGGGGGAUGGAUAGAGAAGAAGAAUUGGGGGAGGAAGAAGAAGCAAGAGGGAGAAGCCAAAGUGUGGGAGGAGAGGAGGUUAUUUAGUCAGAGGGCGCAGACAGAUUUGUGGCAGAGUUCAGGGUGAGGGAGCAAAAAUCGAGGAGUAGUUCUGCCUAGACGUAAGAUAGUGUUUAAAAAAAGAAAACAAAGAAUGCGGGAGUGGAGGGAAGAUGGGAAAUUGACAUUUUCCAGAGAAAGGUUUUGGCAUAGAGGAGUUUCGGUUUUCAGGCCUGCUGCUUCCAAUCAGCAGUCGAUGGUGUGAACAUACUGGUGGUUUGAGGACGCUUUCCUGAGCAGGAGGAUAAAUAACCUGCAGGAGUAAUGAAAUAUGACUGAAAUCCCUGAGGUCUAGUAUUCCCCUCUUUCUACACAAACAAAGUGUGAAAAAGAACUGGCAUUGUAACCCCAAUACGUCUCUCAUCCUGCAAGAGGAAAAGCGUUUCCAUAAAGGGAUCUCCAGCGUCUCAUUAGAGGAGAACAUCAUCCUCUCCAAGAACAUGCUAUCCAAUAAAGCGACUGUGGUAUUAGCAUGCAUUUUCAUGUGUGUGUCUGGAGAUAUUGAUACUGUUUCUUCAGCUUGCACACACAUGUUUUGGAUGAGGGCCUUAUACUGGAUUUGGCUGCUCUCGUUGUUGUUUGGUAAAUAUUUGCCUGGACUGAAAAGUCUGGCAAAGAGAAAAUGGAAGACAAAGAUUGGAAAAAGAUCAGAGGAUCAGCGGCUGAUGUAUUUAGUAUUCAACCAGAACGUUGCGAAAUAAGAUGAUACAACUCUGAUUUAACUUUUUCUUUAAUUUGAUCUUUGAUUCUUACAGAUCCCAGAGGGUCCUGGGAGAAUACGAGGGUUAUUGCAUUAGCCUGUGAACAGAUUUCUGACUCAUUUCGCUUAGCAACAAAUGAGGCACGAGGAGCCAGAAACAGGGCUGUGAUCUUGAACAUUCCCAUGAUUCAAGCCUUUUUGGGUCAUGCUGUUUUUUUUCUCUCUUUUUAAGGCUUUGCAGAGCUGCAGACGGACAUGACAGACCUGACCAAAGAGCUGAAUCGCAGCCAGGGCAUCCCCUUUCUAGAGUACAAACAGUUUGUAACACGCACCUUCUUCCCCAAGGUGAGAAAAACCUAUUUUUCCACCCGCUAUCUGAUUUUCCUCUGGCACUCUGACAAUACCAUUUUUCUCAAUGGGGUUUUAAUAUUGUUUCUUUCCCCCUCCAUAUCCCAUUUCACAUUUCCCACAGCUUGUAAUAUUCCGCAUCAAAAUUCACCUUGAAACUUUAAACAUAGAGUUUAAGCUAAGUGUAGCUCAGUGUGGCACCCCUGCAGGUAACUUAAUGUGUUCUCUAUAGGUAAGCGCUUUUCUGAUGUGUGAUCCACCCUGAUGCUAGACGGCAGGACUGUCUGAUAGUGGGUGUAUCAUAUUUUUUUCCACUGAUGCAGACUGACACAACCUAGCAGGCUUUGUCUCACAACCACAGGCAUGGACUUUCAAGGAGACAGAACAAUGGUGGGCACAGAGACAAGGGAACUUUCGCCCCUGAUUUCUCAAAACACUCUCCUGACUCCGCUCGCACACCCACACUCUUUUGCAAGUAUAGGGUGUCUUGCGCAACGUGGAUACUGGACAAUGUUUUCUGCUGCGAAGGAAGUGAGUAAGGAGUGUGUUGAAAAGCUGCACUGAAAGUAACAUAAAUUCAAGUGUCCCCGCUGAAGAAUCGUCUCCAGUUUUUUCCGCUAACGCCAGCGAACGUUAACCACGACCCCUUUUGUGCCCUUGUUUUACCACGAGAGCUUCUGGUUCUCUAAGAUUACACACACAUAAAACAGCAUCAAACACAGACUUUGACACAGUUAUAAUACAAGACAAAUGUGAAUGUCUGCCCUGAAAUGACACACUGUGUUGAAAGGCUGGCUCUUGGCUCUGGGUCACUUUGCCUCUGAAGCCAUUAAGGCUCAUGAUGCUUGUGUCACAGUGUCAUGUUCCCUUUUCAUGGUCAGACAGGGCCCAGAAAAAGAAAUUCUGCCCUUUGGUUCCAGACUGCUGAGUCCCAAGGCUUGCUCUCUUUUUUGUCUCCCCCUCUCCCUCCCUUCUCUGUCUCUCCAUCUUCCUGUGUUUAUAACAAGAGCUGACUUUGUGUUACAGUUUUUUCCCGUUUGUGUUUAUGUGUGUUUCAGAUGUUUUCUGAUUACGAGAAGAGUCUUGUCCAGCCGGCUUACGAGAAUGAUGCCCUGGGCCCUCGAGCGCUGCCAGAGACUCACCCGCUGCUGCAGGACUGGCAGGUGAAGGGUUAAGCCAUUAGGAAGUUCACAUAGGUGGCUUUAUUCUGCCAGAGUGCCUUGAUUUGGGUCCUUUUCGCACUCCCUUUGCACUCAUCUGGGUCACGCGAAAGCUUAUUAAGGUUUCACAGUGGGGCUGCUGUUGAUGAGGAGUAAAGAAAAGCACGCGGCGCAUUUUUUUGCUUUGUGUGCUUAUUAAAGUGCAUGUGUGCGGAGAGCGUCAGGUGUGUUAAAUGUGCGGAUAUGAAUACUAAUGCAUGUCAUGCAGCGGUUUCUACUGAGUGAGACACGCAGAAAAAAUUUGCUUGUCAAAAAACACGCUGCCCACUAAGUUGAUGGCAGGUUGUUGACACGCUUCCCACUGGCACUAGGACAACCGAACAGUAUGCUUUUCAUCAAAACCCUCUCGUUAUUUUGCGUGUGCGUGUGUAAUGGAGGGGCGGACAUGAGUGAUAAAGAGGACUCUGGAAAGGGAGCACCCACUUUCACUCACCUCUUUGUGAAUGCAUACUGCAAAUGAAAGCACGUGCGUGUACGAGCACACGGGGAAGAGAGAAAGUAACGAUUGCCGUACUAGUUUUGGGUCGGCAGCCGGGGGAGCCUGUCUGAGGGUGAUGAAGUGCCUUGGAUCCACACCGUCUUCCCAGGAAGUGUUUUCCAGGUCACAGCAAAUAAAUCUCACAGGCAGGCAUUUAUCUUAAUGGACACCCCUGUUCUCCUUCUGUCAGGCUGCAAACCACACCAUAUGGCUGCAGUCCAGAGGGAAGACUUCAUCACACUGCUGCUUAGUCGCACCCAUAGAUAGACCAUACUCAUUAAGUCGACUCGGCACAUUUAGAGACAAUCACACACAGUCAGGGACCCGAACGGGGAGACACAGAUUCAGCUGAGGGAGGGAGGAGGGGACGGGAGAAGCAGAAGUAAGAGCUGUGAUGGAAAGAUGGAUUGUUCUCUAGAUGGGUCGCCCGAGACAAGAGGUGGUGAAAUGCAUUAGAGGGGUGCAGCAGGUGUUUGAUUCAGUGUAGGUGGAAUCACACAGAGAAAUAACUGUUUCAUUCCCCAUCUGUCAUCAGGCCAACAACACCACGAGGCCUAAUGUAGAGGAGGGCAUCACUCUGUUCUCCACUCUGCUCAAUAACAAGCACUUCCUCGUCACGUUCGUCCACGCCCUGGAACAGCAGAAGGACUUCGCUGUGCGAGACAGGUAGAUGAAUCAGCUGUUAUGCGUCUUUGACAUAAAUAGAGUUUCCUUCACAAUUACAAAGAAGCGUGAUAGCAAAGUAAGGAUGCAGGCUAGGGAAUAGGAUAUUUCCUAAAAUUUAAAAACCACCAAAUCUCUCUUGAACUAACUUUUACCUGUUAUUCUUCUUAUAGCAGUCUAUUUUUCUCAUAAAACGGACAAAAACAAAUGUAGAUGUCUGUAAAUUUACUCUUUCAUUUGCUCUCAACCAUGUUCCUCUUGAAAUAACUCCUGAUAAGAAACACAAAAGAGACAGCAACUCCCUCGACCCAAUGCUUAUUUACAACAUAUUCAAACAAUCUCUAUAGUUACUUUGUUAUUUCAAAAGCCCCAACAGCAGAAAUUACACGGUAUGUGUUAAAACAACCAAAGCAUGAGCUAAAAAGGUCAAAUUUCCUUUAUUUAGCAUGGCUGUAUUUAUAGUUGAAUUGUUGUAUUUCACUGCAUAACACUGUGUACAGAAGGUGUCUCCAUGUUUCUAGUUUUGACCGCUCCUAUUUACUUUCAUGGAAGACUGUCUGCAUCUGCUGCAUAAAGCUACAUUUCAUGUUUAGAAGAGCGGUAAACCAGCUUUGUAAAUACUUGUUCAUUUGUCAGCAGAGCUUGUUUUUGUCCUGAUGUUCCUCAACUUGCCAGUCAUUGUGGAGAAUUAGGGGAAAAAUCCAAAGGCUAGACCACAUCCCUGUCCCAGCUCAGAGUCUGAUGUGGCCCCUUCCUCUUGGCUUAAAAGGGCUUUGUUAGGAAAAUCCCCUGCACCUCUGGACUUACUCACCCAGACGCUCCCUGCAUUAGAUCAGGUCUUUAUUUGGAUCUGCUGUCACAGGUGCUAGGACCUGUUGUUGCUUCUGUUGGGUAGUUAAUUCUGAGUCCCCUCGACCACACGCUGACAGAACACGCUUGGAAGAGUGUGUUUUUCCUCAUGUGUCCCCUCUGCUAAUCCGUUUUCUCGCCCCUUCAGAUGCAGCCUGGCGUCUCUGCUCACUAUCGCCCUCCAUGGUAAGCUGGAGUACUACACCAGCAUCAUGAAAGAUCUGCUUGUGGACCUGAUUGAUGCUUCGGCUUCCAAGAACCCGAAACUAAUGUUGAGGCGUACCGAGUCUGUCGUGGAGAAGAUGCUGACCAACUGGAUGUCCAUCUGCAUGUACAGCUACCUCAAGGUGAGGAGAGAAACGAUUCAGAGCAGAAAUAUGAGAUCUUUGUGUUUGAUGUUUGACUCCACCUCUCCUUCAUGCUCCUCAGGAAACAGUGGGUGAGCCUUUCUUCCUGCUGCUAUGUGCAAUCAAGCAGCAGAUCAACAAGGGCUCCAUAGACGCCAUUACAGGGAAAGCCCGCUACACCCUCAAUGAAGAGUGGCUGCUUCGCGAGAAUGUGGAGGCCAAGCCACAGGUCAGAAAUCUCAAAACACUUUCAGUUCAUCUUUCACAUCCUCACUUUUGACAGGAAGUUGACUGACAAAAAAACUGCGAUGAAAGCUGAAUUUCAAAAGUUUUGUUUUUCCGGGAAGUAUGACAUCUGCACCAUCUGUCCGCUUUUGCAGAACAUCAAUGUGUCCUUCCAAGGCUGUGGCAUGGACUCUCUGACGGUCAGAGUCAUGAAUACAGACACAAUCUGCCAAGUGAAGGAGAAAAUCCUCGAGGCCUUUUAUAAGAACCUGCCAUUCUCCCAGUGGCCCCGAGCAGAGGAUGUGGACCUAGGUGAGAGCACAUUUUCUUCUUGAUUAUUCUCAUCCUUUCCCUUCCCAAGUCUUGGAGAUAUAGUAAUCUCCUUUGCUUGCAAAAGGUCAAUUCCUCUCAUGAAGCUCAACUAACCUGAGGCUGCAAUAUAAUAAAUGACAGAAUGCAUUGAGGAGAGUGUACAGUCAUAAUCACAAAGAGUUAUUGCCUUCCAAAGCUGUGCAGCCUGCAGAGCUGAUUUGAUUAAUGGCCCAAGAAUAUUUCCACAGGUCGUGACACAGAGAUUUAGAGCACGACUGCUCUCUGUCUCGCAUAUUCUUUUCCAAAUUUAGGAUGAAAUUGUCUAAUAUCACGCUCCUCCCUCCUGCGGUCUCAUUUCUUUCCUCCAGAGUGGUUCGACUCUGGCAGCAACAGUAAGCUUCUGCAGGACCUGGAUAACUCCUCAGUGAUGGAGGAUGGCAGGAAGAAGCUCAACACAGUCUUCCAUUACCAGGUGUGUGUAUGUGUGUGUCUGUGUGUGCAUGUGUGAAACCACUGCGGUGGGUGUUGUCAUGGCGCACCUGUACAUCCCUGAUAUUGUAACAGCUACAGCGGGGGUGUUGGAGGUGAGAAGUCCUUAUAAAUGGUGUCACUGUCUGUCCAUGGGUGGGAGGAUGAGCUCUGUGUUUCUAUGUGGCUGCACACAGUUAGGCUCAGGUGUUUUUGUCCUUGUUUGUCUGUUGUUGUGUGAUGUGUCUGUCUGUAUUUGGAUCACUUUCUGCAGAAUAGCCUCUGCUUUUAUUUUUUGUUGUGCAGAGUCCACAUUCAGUACAAACAGAUUUAUGGUUUUUAACAGGGUUCCUACGCAAGUAUGUAAAAGUGUGGAAGUAAAUUUGAUUAAUUUCCAGGUCUUAAAAAGUAUCGAAAAUGAAAAAUAAAGUAUGGAAUAAUAUUUUAUGUUUCCAGACUUUUACCACAGUUCUAAAAUACUAAAAUACUGUUUUCUUAAAUAGAAAAGUAGGUUUUUCCAAAAAUAGGUCAAAAAAUUUGGGUAUCUAAAAGUAUGGGAAUCCCAACUGUGUAGGAACCCUGUUUUAAAUUAUGACCUACAAUUUUGUGGUGGCAGUAGCUCAGGAGGUAGAGCGGUCGUCCAAUAUCCGGAAGCUCAGGAGGUAGAGUGGUCGUCCAAUAUCCGGAAGCUCAGGAGGUAGAGCGGUCGUCCAAUAUCCGGAAGCCCAGGAGGUAGAGUGGUCGUCCAAUGACCGGAAGCUCAGGAGGUAGAGCAGUCGUCCAAUGACCGGAAGCUCAGCAGGUAGAGCGGUUGUCCAAUAACCGGAAGCUUAGGAGGUAGAGCAGUCGUCCAAUACCCAGAAGCUCAGGAGGUAGAGCAGUUGUCCAAUAACCGGAAGCUCAGGAGGUAGAGCAGUUGUCCAAUACCCGGAAGCUCAGCACGUAGAGCGGUUGUCCAAUAACCGGAAGCUCAGGAGGUAGAGCGGUCUUCCAAUAAGCGGUCGUCCAAUAACCGGAAGGUUGGCGAUUCCCCCCCUAUCCUGACCGUCUAUCCGUUGUCUUCUUGGGCAAGACACUGAACCCACCUUGCUACCAGUGUGUGUCCUCCACUGGUGUGUGAUUGUGAGUGUUAUGUGGUGGUGGUCAGAGAGGCCGUAGGCGCAAACUGGCAGCCACGUUUCCGUAGGUCUACCUAGGGCAGCUGUGACUACUAAGGUAGUGUAGCAUCCCUAAGGUGUGACUGUGUGAGCGAGUGAAUGGUGUAUCCAAUGUACAGCGCUUUGGCGGUCCCUGACAGAGAGCUAUCUGCAAAAUCUGAUGCAUUAUUAUUAGAUUGGUUUCUUGUUUAUUAACAUGCAUAAUAUCAGUAGUAAAUCAGAAAAAAGUCUUUUCCGAUGUGUUUUUAUGUAAAACUAUUAAAAGGAGGAUGUUGUUAUCUUACCUAAUUGAGUCACACAUAAUCUGUGAGUACAGAAAGUGUUAGCAUGAGUGGUUAAAGCGGAAACAGCUCCUACCAACACUGUAAUCACCACUUUUUUUUUUUACACUCAUUAACACAGAUAACACAGAUACGCUCUAAUGGUUAGCUGAAAUUGAAAAAAUGUGGCUUUUGCACAAUUCAAGUGUGAUGUGUCAGAUAUUUAUUUUUGUAGUUGUUCGGAUAAAAAAAAGAAGACAUAGAUGUCACACCCUGGUAUGCCAUUAAAAUGUGUUAAUGUGUAAAUGUCUGUUUGCUUAUGUCUGCGCUCAAACAGUCAUUCAUUGACCCCCGACCUUUGACCCUUUACCUGUACUUGUUAAGUGCUCUGUUUAGUUUUUGCUCAGCCGUUGGGACGGAGCUGUGAAAGCAGCGAACUGCGGCGUGUACUAACGGUUUGGGUUCACUGGCAAGGCUGUUCAAUCCAUUUCACCACAGGUUGACUUUAAUGAGCCCAGCCAGGCUCCUGCAGAGUCACCGCCAUUCUAGAUGCACACAAGACAGACACGCACACACUCGUACACACCUCUCAACACCACUCUCCCCUUGAGGGCAUGCUUAAUGAUGCUGUUCUAGUGCACCCCAGCUCACCCCUGACCCCGUGCCCCUUGUCCUCUCUCGUCUUUCCUUUCCCCCCUCCUCCUUCUUCUCUCCCUCCACAGAUCCCAGAAGGGGCAUCGCUGGCUAUGAGCAUGAAAGACAAGAAAGAGAACACCCUGGGGAGAGGUACGUCACCUUUAAACACACCCACUCCCCUUCGCUUUGUCACACAUACUCACCCACACUUAGAAAAACACACUCACUCACUCACUCCAUCACAGGAAACUGCACAUGCUUAGUUGAUCACAAGAACAUGAUACGCUCGUGUAAACACGCAUGAAACCACACACUCUCUCAGCCCCCAAAGGACACCGCGGACAUCCAAACACACUCACACCUAAUAAAUCCUACACUACUGUCGCACUUCAACGUAGACGGACCAUACGGCCUCAUUCAGAACUUGUCUUCCAUUAGUGUGUGGAGGCUUUUGGGAAAAAUUGCGACGUGAGUUUUCCAGCCUGUACCAGGACUAUAACAACAGCCCUGCCUGUUGACAGAUGAGUUUACAUGCAGUCUUAAAUGGGCUUGUCCGUUAGUUGUCUCGGGGUCUACCUUACAUAAUCAGUACCAGACCAGAGCUCAGGCUCUGUCCAUCAAAGCCUCCCCUCUCAUUCAUACUUAGCCAAAAAUAGGCUUAUGCGGACCAAACCUGGCUCCGGCUUCAAAGCACCGAGGGAGUGUUAUGAGCCUGUAGUGCUCCCUGGCUAAUAUAAAACACUAUCCUGCCUGCCUGUGAUCAGCGGUGAGGGUCUGGCCUGAGGCCCACUGGGCAGGAGCAUCUCUGGCAGAGGAGACUGUAAUGAGAACACACUCACUAUAUUGUUUUGUGUGUGUGUAUGUGAGUGUGUAAGGGUCUGCCAAACGCCUGCUUUUGUUUUGUUGCUGUGUAUGUCUGUGUACAAUAAUCUACUAUAUUUGUUUGUGUCUGCUUUCAGUUUGUAUUUGGACAUACGUCCACAUGUGCUCGUCAUGCAUGUGUAUGAGUGUGUGUUCGUAGUGUUUAGUUCUAAAUAUAAACCAGCAAGGUUUUAAUGCUCUUUUCCAGCGCUGGCCGAGCAUUACCAUCUCAUUACACCGGCUCCAGAACCAAUCACAGACGCCGUGUGUCUGUCUCCGUUAAUCUCUCUCUUUUCUUUUUUUCCCUUCACUCGUAAUCUUUCUUUUUCAUUCUCUCCGACAGCUCCCCUCCCCUACCUGCCCACCGUCCACCUUAAUCACUUUCUCCUCUCGCAUGUACUUUAUCUCCCCUGCACUCCUGUCAAUCUCCCUUCUUUUCCUCCCUCCUAUCUGUCACACUCCUCUGUGUCACACUCCUCCUGUCUCCUCUUAUUCUUCCAGGUCUCCACCUUGCUGAUUGCGCAUUGUUUCACACCGUGUUUCUUUUUUGUCUCCAUAGUUAAAGAUCUGGAUACGGAGAAGUAUGUACACUUGGUAAGUAUCUCCUUGUACGUAGGUAAUCAGAAUGUUUCUAAAAGUGCCCUAAGUGAGUUGAUUUCCAAAGCAUUUCCUGUGUUUGCCACUUUUAGACAGCUUAGAGCGGGCUUGACGGCAGAAAGAAAGGGAAUGAAUUGAGGUAAAAAGGAAAGCUGCUGAGAGGACAUGACAGCCCUAAUGCUCCUUAAGCCUUUUUAUAAACGUCAGCGUAGAUAUGGGACCUUUGACUUUAGAAUAAUGAGUUCUUCUGAACACAAUUUGCCGGGUGAAUAGUUAGUUGCAGGACAGUUCUGUACCCCCACCUUUUGACACAUGUAGGUGGAUUUUGACUGCUUCUUUCUUCUCCCUGCCCCUAUUUAGACCUGUGUGAGCAAGUCAGAAAUACGAUCUUGUACACAGCAACCACAGACAAGCAUGAAAAUUUCCCAAUUCCCAUUUGCUUCCUCAUUUCAGAGUAUGAUUCAGUGCUUCAAAAUACCCUGAUGUGGUUUCUGGAUCAUGUGUCUAAUGCAAGAAACAGAGAAUUCUGUCCAAGCGAGCACAGAGCUCAUGAGGGGGUUUAUUUUUUCGUUUUUGUUUUUUUUUUGUGGGCAGUAUGUUGAUCUUUGGCCUCCUCCUCUUCAGGUCCUACCUCAUGAUGAGCUAAUGGAGAACAAGAGGUCACAUAGGCAGAGUCAUCGCAAGAAAGUCCUGCCUGAAAUCUACCUGACUCGUCUUCUGUCUACAAAGGUGACCACAGGACACAAUAGACUCUCAGCACACCGCAAAGAGAUUUAAGUUUCAGCAUUUUAUCAAAGUCAUCUCUCUACUUCUUGUUUUUGUGACCUGUAUUAGCCUCAGAGGCUGCGGCGUAAUUCCCACAUCCAGUGAAACCAUGUCUCUGCGUAUGUAUGAGCUUCUCUUUUUCCUCCGCAGGGAACUCUUCAAAAGUUCUUAGAUGACCUCUUUCAAGCCAUCCUCAGCAUCCCCCCGGACCGCCCCCCUUUGGCUGUCAAAUAUUUCUUUGACUUCUUGGAGGAGCAGGCUGACAAACGGGGCAUCACAGACCCAGACACCCUGCACAUCUGGAAAACUAACAGGUACACAGCUUAACUCUGUGAUUAAAGUCUCCUCUGGCCGGCUCGCUCUACAAACACCCGACUUUAAAAACUUCUCCCUCCCUCCGUACAGUUUACCUCUGCGUUUCUGGGUGAACAUCUUAAAGAAUCCACAGUUCGUGUUUGACAUUGACAAGACGGAUCACAUGGACGCCUGCCUGUCCGUCAUCGCCCAGGCCUUCAUAGACGCCUGCUCCAUUUCUGACCUGCAGCUCGGCAAGGUGAGAUUAUCUUUUCAGCUAUCAACUGCAGGAGUUUUCUCCGUCUGACACUGUGAUAUCUACUGAGACAAAAUCAGGGACUCAACUGUUUCAAAUAUAUUUUUUAAUUAGCCGGGUAUUUGAAGUGUCGCAAACAGGAAAUUGAUCGUGCUUGAAUAACUGUGUGACCUUGAGGAGUCGAAACCAGUUGUGAAAAAAAAUUCACACUCAUAAUCUUGUUUGUCUAUAAAGAUUAGACCCAGUUUGGCUCCAGUAAGGACUAAAAAUGCAAUAUCUUCACCUCCCUGUGAGGAGGAUUGCUGAUGAAGCUCUUCGAUAAGGCUCUCCACACAAGUAUCAGUCUAUACAUCCGUUUGUCUAUACGUCAGUCUAUCUGUCCAUCUGUGUUUGUAUCUACACUCACACCUCCCAAGUCCCCUCGGUGAACUUCUGUCCCUGAUCCUCCAGCCUGUCAGCUCCAUCUACCUCUCCUCGUGUUAUUUCAGUCGAGUCGGCUGAUCCAAGGUCAUGAGCACCAGGGAUCUCUUUUUUGUGUGUGAGUGCCUGUGUGUCUGUGUUCAGCCGUUUCUCACGUCCACGUGUCUGUCCAUCUCCUCUUUUUGUCUGUAUGUGCGAAUGUGCGCUUGCAUGUCAAUGUCCUCGCUGCUCACGAAUCCGUCUCAUCCCUCAGAUACUAUGACCCUGAGCACGCUCUGCUUCCUGUCUCUCUCUGACCAGCUUCCUCCCUGGAGGGGGGCGAGGACUCAUCAAAUAUAAUGCUGUUCUUUCACUGAGAAACCCUCUGAUUUAUAUACUCCUCUCCAGCGCCAAGGAGACAGCAGAAAUAUUCCCAUGUAAAUGCUGUCAGGUGCCUUCCUACUGUAUGAAUACGAAGACUUUUAAAACCUCCGGCGCAGCGAUAGUUCCUCUCAGCCUCCUCAUUAACAUCUCCCAUCUGGAUGUGCAUGAAUUGUGGUGUCACCGGCUUCAAGGAUAAGGUCUCGUUCCUCCUGCAGGUCAAGGAGACUGGCAUGACACACCUCUACAUUUCCCUCACGUGUUUACAGGGAAUGUUUUUUUGCAUUUGUAUGAGUGUGUGCGUCCGCCUCGGGACAGGGCAGUGAAGGGUACUGCGUCUGGAUUAGCAGAAGCGUAGCGGGGAUGAGACAGGGGGGGUUAGAAAAGUAAGCAACGCUUGCUGUUUCCACGGAAACCCUCUUAUCUGGCGAGAUGCAGACAUGGAGGGGCCACGGGGUCACAGUGGGGUUACCAGGCAGAUGGACGAGCAGCAGGAAGUGACCUUGCGGACAGGAAGCGUGAGGGUUCCCCAUCGGAGAGAGCGACCACGACCUCGACCACGACCCCGGCUUGUCCCCUCCCCCAACACACAAACACAUACGCAAACAAACACAUAUCAGGUGACACAAAUAAGUCGUGACACGGAGAAAAAUGAAGGUGCUCUGUAAGCACAUUCACUGAAGCUGAAAGCUGAGGCUGGCCGUCUCUUUUUGCCCCGUCUUUCUCCCUGUCCUACUUUUUCUCCCCGUCCCUUUUCUCUCACCCACACUCACAAAGCUCACAGGGAACUACACACGCUCAAUCGCAACAGUAGUCGCCACUAAAACCAGAGUGUGCCCACAACCUCUCAGCCCUUCUACUUUUCUUUCUACAUGAAUAAACAGCAGCGCGAGGGCCUGAAGCGACUCUGCAGAGAGUGGCAGAGGUAUGAAGGAGGAUUGUUCAGUCUGGAAUUUUCCUCCUCAUGCUCUGGAGUUUUUCACUGGCCUGUUUUGUGGAAAGGAAACCGUCCACUCCCACUAUUGUCUCAAUUUUCACUGCUUUAGAUUCGGUCAUCAACAAAAAAACAUCCAGUCUGUUCAGCAGCUCCUUAUUUGGACAACACAAUCAUGCUCAAACUUAUUCUAAGACAUCAAAUAGGAGAGUAGGAAAUGCGUUAGGGAUCAAGUUCAAGUUCAAGUUCCUGGACGCUCCAACCAAUCAGAGCAAAGAAAUGUGACCUCCAUUAUAAAUUACCCAUUUAGAAGUUGAUAUUGUUGAUCUUACUUUGAAGGUAUUGUCUUAAUCUGAAGUGUUUAUUUCCUGCAAGUAGAUAUAACAAAGACCUGUGCUUUUAUUUUGAAAAGAAGCACACCAGGAGUUACUAGAACAGAGAUAGUGAGACAAUAUUUGCACUCCAAACAAACUGUCGUUUAAUGUGGAUUAAUUACCUGGUUGAUAGAGUCACAAAGUAGGAAUUUAUUUGUUUUUUAUGCAAAUUAAUAUGAAGUGAACUUACGAUGUCUUUAGAGUAAUCAGAGUUUAAUUCAUGAUUAGAUAAUUCCCGACUAUUUACACAAACAAAGAUGUAAUUGAGCACAUAAAUAAAUUAGAGGUUUCUGCUUAGAUAGAACUGUCAACUGUUUUGCUUGGUAAGCUUGUUCAUACAUCAAAUUCAUAAAGUUUCUAAGGAUAACACACUGAUCUCGAGCAAGACUUGAUUUGGUUGCCAGCACACCGGCAACCAUCUUUGUUAUUUGUGAAAAUGCCUCUCCUCCUCUGAGUCCAGAUCCAUAUUAGCAAAAAGGUUGUAAUUUACCCGACCUGAAUCAGGUUAGAUGGAAAUCUGUCUGAGCAGGAGGAGGGCUAAACACAUCUGCCAGAGCAAAUGAAACACGGGCUUGGAAAUGAUCUGGUUCCCAGGUUGGAUCAGCUCAGACCUGCUGCUGAAAUUACACGCACAUCACUUGACUACGUGGUUUAAACUCGGGCUGUUUUGACCGAUUUUGAUUUUUGUUUUCAGGACUCCCCCACCAACAAGCUGCUGUAUGCCAAAGAGAUCCCCGAGUAUAAGAAGAGAGUGCAGUGCUACUACCAACAGAUCCAAGAAAUGGCACCUCUAAGCGAGCAGGAGAUGAAUGCUCACCUGGCUGAGGAGUCACGAGUGAGUGAAGUACCCGUGUGUAAAAAGAAUUCCUUUAUUAAAUGGGAAAUUCUUUUAGAAUCGUAUCUAAUAUGACUUUUUUCAUCCUGUAGAAAUACAGAAAUGAAUUCAACACCAACCUGGCCUUGAUGGAAAUCUACAAAUAUGCCAAGAGAUACAGAAACCAGGUAAAAGGACAAAUCUUCCGUUACCUCUCUGUCUUUGCGGUAUCAGAUAAGAUAUGUACUCGUGUUGAAACUGGCCUCUUGCUGCAGUCUUUGUUAGCCUUUUUGCUGUUCAGGUUUCUCACACUGGCAUCAGAGCAUGACAUAUCAGCGUGGAAGAUCGCAUUUGGGGAUGUUGUACGCUGUAAACAGCUUUACACACUCUCUAUCAGUGGCCAAAUAUCUGCACCAAAUAGCUACUUUCCUUUUGAGCAGGAAUCAUCAGAUAUGAACUAACUUUCUCGCAGCCGCCAGCAUUAACAGCAUCCAAACUCCUCCUCUGACCCUGAUACUGCUUUCACACUAAGAAAACAACUUUUGUUUACCUUCACCCCAUCUACUGCCCCUAUCGGUUUAAUGAGGCCGUUUAGUCGCUGCACAUAUCUCCUGUUUCUCUUUGAACUAGCCCUCUUCCAGCCCCUGCUCUCCUCCCCCAUGACUCCUUGCUGCUAUGACUAUUCCCAGGAGAGGCUUUAGUCAGCGGUGACUGUGCCUUAAUGGAGCACCCUCAUGAUAAUGCCGUUUAGCUGCUUUCCUCUGUCAUGCUACUGUACUGACGUGGGCCAGGGGCUUAGACUCUGAUUCACAGCGCUCUGUGAAUGGCCCCCUGAUUGCCUAUUCUCUUGCCUCAGCUCAGUUCUCUCUGCCUGGUAGCACACUGCCGCUAAGAGCCCAUAAAUCCCACUGACGCGGUGACAUCUAUUGGGCUUGAAUAAGAGAGCAGAUGUGGGUUUUGUAAAUAUGUGAAGAGCAAAGGCUUUUGUGGUGUGGAGGCAUGCGUGAAGGCUGGAGAAGCACUUCACUUGCUCCUCUGCUGCUCUCCCUUUCUCUCUUGUUCAACUUUCUAUGUCCGUGCAGGUGGCUGAUGGAUGCAUGAAUGCUUGACAGCCACUGAAAGUCACCCUUGUUGUGUUUUUUUCUUUUCUUUCCCUACCUUUUGGUCAGGUGGUGAGUGCUCUGGAGUCAAACCCUACUGCACGUCGCACUCAGCUGCAUCACAAGUUUGAGCAGGUCAUCGCCCUGGUUGAAGACAACAUCUACGAGUGCUGCAGCGAAGCUUGAAUCUGUCGGUGUCUUUCUCUACUUGCCAUCUCUUUCUCCUGCUGACAGCUGCCUCUCUCCUUAUCCUUGGGAAAGCUUGGCCGCUAAAGAAUAAGCCUUCGUGAGCAUCAUUCAUGUGGCCGUGGACUUUGAAAAGCUUAAAAAAAGCAGCAGAGAAAUAGACUUAAAAAUUGCCAAUCACGUGGCACGCAUUUGCUCUCUUGAUCUGGGAAUAUCAAGCAAUCUUUUCCGAUUUUUCCCAGAGACUCGGACAGUCUGGCUCGGCAAUGCUUUAGAGGGAAAGUGUAGAAGCUUGGAGAAUGAGCUUUUUCUGGAUGUCUUUACUGGAAUCUACAGUAAGCCCUGGUGGCAAUCUUAACGCACUGAACCCUUUACGCAAAGGGAGGAGCCAAUGAUGCACUGUACUGUACCAUAAUGUCCAUAGCAAUAUUUAUAGAUGUGUUCAAAUUCUUUUAAAGUGACCUGUUUGUCAGGAUGAGUAGGAGGGACCUCUGUAAGCUCCUCCCAUCUCCUAAAGCCUGCAGCGCUCUCAGGUGUGAUCGGUGAAGAUGGGGGGGGGGACUGGCUCCCAUCGGUGCUUUGAACAAUGGGACCUUAAUGUGCUUUGCAGGCUGAUGAUGGGUUUAGGAGGAGUGGAGGGAAGAAUAUAAAUGAGUGAAAUAUAUGAAAUCAGAUGUAAAGCGGUUCACUGGGAAGAGCUGCAGCAGUUAUACAGAUGUUGAUCAAUGUGUGCGUGUAAACGAAUGAAUUUCAUGUCGGAUUCUGAUCAGUUUAAAAGAGGGAAAUUUACAUUUAUGAGAAAAAAAUGUGAGCUCAAUAUAACCUGAGGAGAGACUGUAAUUGUGAUGCCAAAUGACUUGUCAGAGUUUGUGAAAUAAAUUACUGUAUUUAGGAUUUUAAA